AGCUACACAGUUUCACUCUACAGUUUGCAAGACUAGGUCAGAAGAGCAAGACUGAAGUUUGGGAAGGUCCCAAACAGAGAAAAGGACUUUAAUUAUGGUUAUAAAACGUAUACUGGAUUGUUUUCGUAAGCAACCAGCUGCGGAAAAGGAGGUGAGUCAUUUCAAACAUUUCUUUUUUAGAAAGCAGAGUGUUUGUCUAAGAGAAAUCAGUAAAUGGAUAACUGUGAGAGAUAAGAGAAUAGCAGCAGAUAAAUCUAUAGGAGAUAUUUGUUAAAUAUUUUACAAAUUUUUAAGAAAUGCUUUUACAAAGAAAACGGUAUUAAUAUGCAUUCAUUCUAUGUUUAAAGGGGGCAAUGUAGUUAUAUAAUACAUAUUUACAGAAAGUAUUAUUGUACUUAUUAAAAUAGUAAAAUAUUAAAUAAUUACCUGCAAACUCUUCUAAAUCUCUAUGGACAUUUAAAUUACAGGAGAAAUGCAGUACCACUGCAAUGGCCAUCAAAGUUCAUCAAAGUUCACCUUUUAGGUGUAUCCUUCACUAACAACUCACCUUGCUGCUUUCAGUCUAAAGACAAAAUUCUAAUGACACAGAAAGGAGUUUUGUUAUGAACCUCUACAAACUAAUUAAUCCUUAAUAGGGUGCAAGUCUCAUUCGAGAUGUUUUCUAUUAGCUAAAAGCAGCAAGAUGAAUUGUUAUAGUAGGAUUCGUCUCAGAGGUUUUCCUUGAUGUGGCAGGUGAGCUUACACUUUAAUGACCGUUGCAGUGGUAUUAAAACCAUCUGUGAUUUAAAUAUGCAUAGGGAUAUGUGAUAGUAAUGCACAAGUAUUUUUUUUUUUAAUAGGUAUUUGGGCUGAUAAACAUAAUAGUUAUUGCUGCCACCCAAGAGUAGUGGGAGUUUAACCCCUUAAGGGCCAAACUUCUGGAAUAAAAGGGAAUCAUGACAUGUCACACAUGUCAUGUGUCCUUAAGGGGUUAAGCCCAUAGGUUAUUAAUGUGUGCUUAGAAUGAUUUACUAUUAACCUGUGGGGGAUUGAGUUACACCUCUUAACCUGCGGCAGGUUAUGAGCAGUUUUUCUUACUGUAUUGCUGCACACACAGACUUAAAGCACCUUGAUCACUUUAAAUCUCUGAAGUGAUGACGGUGCUUGGAGUAACCCUUUAAAUAAGAGUUUGCAGAUACAUACUGUCACACACUUUUUAUUAUUAUUAUUAUUGCCAUUUAUAUAGCGCAAGCAGAUUCAAUAGCGCUUACAAUAUUAUGAGAGGGGGGAUAUGACUAUAAGUAGGACAAUUACAAGAAAACUUACAGGAACAAUAGGUUGAAGAGGUCCCUGUUCAAACGAGCUUACAGUCUAUAUACAUAGCUAAUGAAACGUCUCCAUGAUCAGUAACAAGUCAGCCACAUCAUUGGUGUAUAUUUUAAUGGUCAGAAUUUCACGUAACAGCCAUACACACCAACACCACUAUUACAUUAUAUACGUUAGAUUAUUGACAUUAAUUAUUGAGCAUCUUGGAUUUAUAAGGAUGGAUAGCUUUCUCAUUCAAUAAUACAUAACUUCCAGAUCUACUUAAAAAAAAAAAAAAAAAAACUAAUUAUAGUCCUGUAUAUAUUAAAGUACAAUUUGUAAGUUUAUUUUGGAUUUAUAUUUUCCACAAAAGAAAUAGAAAAAAUACAAUUUAUAAUUUAUCUUAAUGGGUAAGGUACAUAUUUCUAACAAAAUUACAUUAUUUUAUCUCAUUUAGCAGUAAUGGGGAUGACCUUAAGACCUUUCAAGCUGUUAAACUACUUAUAAUGUUUUGGAUGGUAGUUUUCUGCUUCUGGUGUGUUUUAAAAUGUAACUCUAACAUUUAAUAAUUAACUUUACUUAGUCUGAAUGAGUGCUACUUAUUAAUGUUAGCUGGGCUAACAAACUCGUUGAAUAAGCCACAUUGUGUCCACGAUAGGAAAGGUCCUUUUUAAUGUUUAUUAGCAAAACACUGCUUUCUAAAGUACUUCUCUUUCAACUAACUUUUUGUAACACAACAUAUUUAUGGAGAGAUGUUGUUUCGGUAGCAGAGUUUCUUUAAGUAUAUAUUUUUUUUUUUGACACUCUUUAUUUUAUUGACCUCUUUUAUAUAAAGGACUAAGAAAUAGACAGUGUUUACAAAGGUAACAAAGAAAAACAUAAAAGUAACAGCUCAGAUAACAGAUAUGCAUUCACACUCCAAACCCUCUUGCAGAAGGGUACAUUCACGAAACUAUAAAAUCGGUAGCUCAGUAUUUAAUACAUCGCUUUGACCCAUCGAUAGCAACAGGAUCGCAAGCUAUUUACGAUCAAGGGGAUGACCCUUAAGUGGCUCAUGCAAGGACUAAGCAUAAAAAAAUUCUCUGCUACCUGGAAGGAGAAAAGGAAUUGAGAGUAAGGAAGAGAAUGGGAAAUAUCAAGGUAUUUAGAAAAGAAACAGAGAAGGUGGUAAAGGGAAUAGAAAUAAAGGGGGGUUAUAUUUUAUUUGAUGAAAUGCACUAUAUAUUUUCCAUCUUGUUUUUUAUUUAAUUAUAUUGUCUUUUUUAUUUAUUAUAUCUAAGUCUUUAUUUUUAAAAAUAAGUCUGAAUUUAGCAGAAACACCAUAUAAAUAAUAGGAGCGUAUAUCUAAUUUUCAAUAUAAAUUAGCAGAUUGACAAUGUUUUUAAACAUAAGGAAGAUAGAGAACAAAAGCAUUGAGGGGGAAAAGGAGAAGAGCAUGGGGCUGGGUGGGACCUUCCAUGGAGAAAAACCUUGGUAAGGAACACUAUUUUACUGAAUCAGUGGCUCCCCCUCUUAAGUUGAGUUUAUUUAACAGGUGGUUGUCUUUGAUCUUAACAAUGAGAAGAUGUUAGUCUCUCAACCAAAUGGUCUUAUAAUCAUCCAGAAAAAUCUAGUUGAACAAUGUUUCUUGGGAAUUGGUCAAAUUUUCUGGGCAGAAAAAAAGCGCAAGGUUCUAGCUCCGUGGAUCUAUGGAUAGCUCUAAAUAGCAUUUUCAGAAUGUGGGAACUUUUAUAUAUUCAGAUAGUUAGUUGGUAGAUAGGUUGUUUUUUUUGUUUGUUUUUUUAAAGCAGUCAUGUUGUAGUAGGUUGUAGUAGUAUUGUAGGAAUUGUUUUUUUUUUAAAUAGUCAUGUUGUAGUAGCAUUGCACAUAGUUGUUUUUUUUUUUAAAGCGAUCUAGUUUUGUGUUCUGUACCAGAUUCAGUGGAGCGCUUUAAUAUGUGCAUAAAAUUUAAUAGUCCACCUAGUGCAAACAAGGAAUAUAUAUAUACCAUAUUUUUACAUAUCCUUGAACAUCCAAUGUUGUGUAUAGCAUUAAUUAAAAAAAAAAAAAGAACCAGGAAUAGUGCCGUUCCCUUAUGUACACAAGUGUGAUAUAUAUAUAAAUUGGAACACUCACAUAUUCCAGGUCUAUAACCUAGCUCUGGGAGUUAUUUGCCUAUUGCUUCGUUUAGGCGACCUGCCCCUUUUUCUUUGUGGAGAGUAGUUUAGGAGUUUUCUUGUGUAUUCAGCAGCAGUAUGCAGUAUCUCAAGGUAAGAGAUGUCUAGAUAGUGUGAUACCAUUUGUAACAAAUAUUUUCAUAUAAAUAGGAAAAAUACUCACAUGCCUGGAGCCUAGUAAUUGGCUCAGUUGAACAGCCGAGUAUGGUUAGGGACCAUACCACCCUUAGUUGUAGAAUGCAGGAAUAUUGAUGGUAAAAAAAUAAAAAUAAAAUAAAAGUAUAAACCAUAAAAAGUGUAUACUUUAUUUGAACUUACAAUUAAAAUGUCAAAUAGUAAUAUAAAUAGUCCUAGAGACACGUUUUGCCGAAAUUCCGCAUCUCUGGGACUAUUUAUAUUACUAUUUGAUAUUUUAAGAUGAUCCUCAAGAGCGAAACUGAAAAACAAUAAUUAGGAUAUGGAGAUCAAACCCUGACCUAGCAAAAUAUGGAGAGGUGGUAAGUUAAAUAGAACACUAACUGAUAUACUACAAUAUAUUAAAUAGAUUUAUGGAGAUGGAAAAAUCACUGUCUAGAAGGGAAUGUUCAUUGAUCGAAGAUGGGAAGUCCUUGUCUGUACACCUGGCUUCAUGAUUUAUUGCUUUACUAUAAUUCUCAGGAUGUUCUAAGAAGAUGGUAAUUUAAACAAAUAAUCAGUUAGGGAUGUAUCGAAACUCGAAGAAAGCUUUCCUUUAACCCCCUUAAGGACACAUGACAUGUGUGACAUGUCAUGAUUCCCUUUAAUUCCAGAAGUUUGGUCCUUAAGGACCAACCCUUUUUACUCACCUGGUUCCAGCGUCAGGAGCCUCGUGAAGCAGCGCGCCUUAUUUUGUCAAAAUGACAAAAUAGGCAGGCGCGAGUGGAGAGCAAUCAUACGCUUCCAUUUGGAACCGUCAUUGCUCCCUUGUGCGCAUGCGCGGCUUCGCUGCACAUGUGCACAUGUGCACAUACUUCAUAGGGCGGCAUUCAUGCCUGACAGCUCAGCUCACGGUCUUUGCCCGCCCCCUCUCCUCUGCUGACAGGCAGGAGAGAGAAGGCGCACACACGGUGCCUUCUCUCUCCUGCACACGUCAGACGUAUUUUAAUACGUCUGACGUGUACAUGGCCUUUUUAGGGUCAUGCAUGAUAGGAAGUCCCUCUGGUGGCCGUCUGAGUGACGGCCACUGGAGGUAUUCCUAUCAAUCAAUGUAAACACUGUAUUUUCUGAAAAUACAGUGUUUACAUUAGAUUGCCUGCAGGGAGCUAUAGAUCUCACCUGAACAACUGCAUUAAGCUGUAGUUGUUCAGGUGACUAUAGUGUCCCUUUAAGAACUCUGUCCCAGACUCUGUAUUUUUAUUCCAUUUGCCCACCAUGUAUAUUAUUCAUUAUUGAUGGUACAUGAAAGUUGUAGUUACAAACAACAAAAUCUUCCAUUCUGGCAAAUAUUACGUAGCAGGAAGCUGAAAUCUUGUGUGUCUUCGGUGAUUUGGCAAUAGCAGUCUUCAUUGCCGUUUAUAUUGAAUAAACACAAUACACACUUUUGUUUGUGAUUUAUCACAGUGAAGUUCCUUCUGUAGGCUAUUUUAGGUUACCUUUUUACUCUCUAAUUUACUGUUCAAUUUAAUCUGCUGAAUACAACUAAAUAUAGCCACUGGUGUACUUAUUACUUAAAUUUAAAUGGUAAAAUACUUCUUUCUUUUGGAUAUUUGCCAAAUUUAUUUUCCCUCCAGAGUUGCAUUUAUUCUUCUCAACAAUCAUAUAAAGCAAGGGAAAUUAUAAAGCAAGGAGAAUACAAUUUAACUAUAAUAGAAUAAAUUGUGGUGAGAUUUGAUUGGUUUUUUUUUAAACUAAGCUACUUUGGUCUUAUUUUCUUUGGUAACUAACAAAUUAACACAGCUUACUGAUAAAAGAAUCAUCUCCAAAGUUAGAUUGUUGAUAAUAUAUGGUUCAUUUGACUGAGAAAAAUAAUAUAUUGAUAUGUCUUCUUAAAGAUGCCCUCUAAGCACCAUAACUACUACAGUGCACUGUAGUGGCUAUGGUGACAGAAGAGCCCUGAUGUCAUCCCACAGUAAGCUUUCAAACCGUUAACAAAUGGUUUGAUAGAUACCUUGCCCUGUCAGGUGCCCAUGGGCCUUCUGGCUUGCAAUGAUAAUGUAGAGCAAAAGUUCAUACUUUGGACUUAUACACACUACUAAAUGAAAUGGUUAACAUAAACAUAGAAACAUAGAAUAUGACAGCAUAUAAGAACCAUUCGGCCCAUCUAAUCUGCCCAAUUUUAUAAAUACUUUCAUUAGUCCCUGGCCUUAUCUUAUAGUUAGGAUAGCCUUAUGAAAAAAGUAACCUUCUGGACCAUAUAAUUGCAUUCCUCUUCUCACCUAAUGGUGUCUUUGAUGGGAGGGUGAAGUCAGGGUCUCUAAUGUGCUAUGCACUAAUUAUGAGUAUUUGGGUCUGGCUGGGUUUGAACCUGGGUUUCAUGUACCCCAGUCAGUUACCUUACCCUUGACUCUACAAAUCUCUGGUUAACAAAGGUUAAUUAGCAGCUUCAAAACGUUUUAUCAUGUCCCGAAAAAAAUUAAUUGAAGAAAUAACUACUUAUGGGGAUUAAUAAUAAGUCUGUUGAUGGUAUAGUGUUGUUUUGCAAAAAUAGAUUUUCAAUUUUUUUUUUUUAAAUCCAAGCAUUCAAGAGUUAAUUUAAUAGUUUACUGUGUUUUUCAGAUAAGUAAGAUAUAUUGCCACUGCUAAAAUAUAUCAAAAUAUGGCUGUUGAGCUUCAAUUUACCAUAAGUAAAAAUCGACUUCUUCUAAUGUUAUUUUACAAAGUAUUGCUCAUAAGCCAUGUAAUCACUAAACCAAAUAAAUAAUUGACAAUGUUUCAAUAAUGAAACAAUGAAUGUAUUAUAAUAAUACAUCAAGUCAAGGUAACAUUACUGGCAGUAAAAUAUAAAUGGUGUGUAUGGAUAAUUGUAUUGGAUUGUUCAAGCAAUCUUAUCAAUCUAAGUAUUAAGAAUGAUUCAUCCAUUUGUUUGCAAUUAAGACAAGGGAGUUGGGUAUAUUUACUGAAUCUGAGAUGUUAUCGUUGAGUAUUAUUAGGGAUUGAAAAAACAAGGUGCACUGUGCAAUUAAAGGCGCUUAAAUAUAUAUAAAACCAAUAAUAAUGCGACAGCAGUCAUGACACACGUGUAAAGACCUCUAGCGUAACACACAUUCAUGCAGAGAAAGAAGUAAACGAGGUCGACUCUAGGUAAACCAUAUGGAUCGAAAAAAUUAUUUAAAAAACACACUUACUCCUUUUAUUAAACGGGAAAAGAUAGAUAUUGAAGAAAUAUGGCUGAAACAAGAUAAAGUGACAAAAUAUAGUGCAAUAUGUAAAUAAUACUGGGAGUGGUUUAAGGUGUGCAUAAAACGUACUUGCUGAAAUAGAUUACCGACGUUGGAACUUCAGAGUAAAUUGAGGGAUUAUUAUUCCACCGCAACACCUCAGACAAAUAGUGGAGGGCUUGCCAGUUUGCAAGAUGGAGGUUACGGUGAAAACGGAAGUGACGUUAUGAACGUUCCGUAACGUCCCUUCCGCUCAUGACUAAUAGGCAUACAGACUUCAGCUGGAGGAUCACACACCCCCUUUUGCUGCAUUAGCGAUUGGAUAAAGAACGGACACAUUGACCAACCAUUGGACAGCUUACAGAUAUAAAUACAGAAUUCAAUAGAGAGCAGGAAUUCUGGUAGAAAAAUACUUGUGUAAAGGCAAAAUGCGUCUUGGACUUUUUUGUGGACAUUUGUGGACAUUUUUUAUAUUGUUAUUUGGCAUAUUUUUAUUUUUUUGUCUUGUUUUAAUUUUUUUGUUUAAUAAACGUAUAUUAGCCAUUUUUACUUAAUCCAGUUAGUUCCUGUGUGUCGUGCUCCAAAGCAGAGAAGAGUUGUGCCCUUUUAAAGGCACAUACACCCUACUUAGAGCCUACUUAGAGAACAUACUUAGAGCCUGGUACAAUUGACUCUUAAGAAGGUGAGCAAUCACUUGAAUAUUUUUUAAUUAUACAUCUAUAUUAAGGCUAAUACACCAGAAGUGUUUGCUUCAUUUUUUAUCUCCUUUUCUGAGUUUCCAGGGUUUACAUGCAGAAUAGGUCUGGUAUUGCCUGAAUAUACCCCUGCUGAUGAGAUUUCAGCCUAUCCUUGUAGGGCUCUGCUCCAUGUUAGUGUGUUUUAUACACACCAUAAACCGUUCCCAGUAUUAUAUACAUGUUGCACUAUAUUUUGUCACUUUACCUUGUUUCAGUGUGUAUGUAUAUAUUUUUCAUUUUAAAAACACUAGCGCUCCACUUAGUUUACUUAGAGUGUAGUCCACCUAGUUUACUUUUUUCUCUGCAUUAUUACGGAUUGCCGAUUGACAAAGUCGUAGAAAUAGUACUGGCCCAAAAAAUGUGAGUAAGUUGAUUGUGCAUUGCAUUACCGUGAACAAAAUAUAACCGUAAUUAUAAUACCCUUUUGGAUCUUUGUAGUUAUUGUUUCAAAUAUGUAAUUUAGUCAACAACUUGUUAUUAAAAAAAUGUAAAUUAUUUUAUUAAAACUUUUGAAAACCCAUCAAUUAAAUAUUGAUAUUUUUUUUCAGAAUAUGGAGUCUGUAUUGUAGUUUUUACUGUGUGAUUCUAUUAAAUAAGUUUGCUCCAAUCUCUCCCUUUAGGACACACAUGCGAGCUCUGAAGAUGAAAAUAAAGAGCGUGGAAAUUGGAGCCGAAAGUCUGACUAUAUCCUCUCUAUGAUUGGUUAUGCUGUAGGUCUGGGUAACGUCUGGAGAUUUCCGUACCUUGCCUAUAAGAAUGGAGGAGGUACAGCUGAUAUACAUGUUUUGUUACUAUUGAAAGGCCAUACACAUUUGUUUUUUAGAAUCUUCUUUUUUUUCACAAACUUCUAUAUCCUUAUUUUAGAAAUCAGUAUCUUUGCAUUUAAAUGUUUGAUGUACAGAUUUGCAAAUGGUACUUGUGGUUUUAGUUUCUAAAAUCAAAUAAUAUGUACCAUUAUAUAUUAAUUUAUAUUCCUGUAAACAUAUAUAUGCUUUUUAGGAUGAGGAGUGUUCCAAGUUAUUUAUUCAGUAAAUGAUAAUGAGUAAUGGAAAAUAAUAAAUGAGAAAAACAAAUGCAAUGUCAAUGACAGUUCAUGUACAAAAAGAGGUAUCGAUUCACAUGAUGAAAAUAUAAGCUGAAUCUUUAUGUAUCAAUAGCAAUACAGCAUCUCUGACAUGUGCCGUUUUGGACUUCUGUUUUAAACAUAUUGUGUAUAUAUAAUCGAACUAGAAAAUGUGCAAUGGCGGGCUACAGAAUUAAUAAGGGAAAUGGAAGAUUUUAGUUAUGAAGAGAGGCUUCAUAUCUAACCAACUUCUUUGCCAUAGACUUUAAAAAGGAGCCCGCAUAUCUCUUAUUAUGGGGAUAGAUGGAGACUUAUAGUGGCUACUGUCGACUGAGUGUGGGAUAAGAUUACGUUUGAUUUAAAAGUCAAAAUAUUGAAUGUUUUUAUAUUUCUACUAUGACUCUCAGAUCUUUAAAAUAAAGCUACAGUAUUUUAUAUUUUAUAUUUUAUAUUUAUAUAUUUAAUUCCUGGAUGUGUUUUUUCAUUAUUUUUAAAAUACAAUGUUUUCUAGACAUGUGGCGUUUACUAUACCUGUAGAGACACAUGGUUUAUACUAUACCUAUAGAAACAUGCAAUGUAUAUAAUACCUGUAGAGACGUGAUAUAUACUAUAACUGUAGAGAUAUGCAUCAUACAUUAUACCUGUUCCUGUUGAUCCAAAAAAAAAAACAGUUUGAAGCACUUCCAAUUUUACAACCAACUAGGGAAGAAUUUCUUCUUAAACCCAGAAUGAAUUAGUUAGUCAUGUUCUAGCAAUUCCUGAUUUAGCAACUGACAGUUCAGUCAUCAAAACAAAUUCCCAUGGUGCAACUCACUAUCAGAUUCUCUAUGUUUAACAUUUAAACUGUCCAAAGUUUGGACUCAAUCUGAAAACACUUAUUAUUUUCAUCACUGGUCAAUCAAUUGCAGGAAGAACAAUGUUUGUUUAUUCAGAUACCUGUUAAUCAGUGACAUGAUCCAACAGGUUUAUUUAACUUAAAAAAAAAAAAAAUCUUUAUUCAUCAUAUUUUCUUUGCAUACUUAAAUAAUAAUAGAAAACAACAAAAACAACAAAUAAAAUAAAUAAUAAUAAAAAAAAACAAGCAAAUAAAUUUACAACUGAUAACAUCACCUUCAAGAAGAAGUCUCUAAUUUGAGGUCCUAUUACUCUUAUUCAGACAAUAUUAACUUAGCAAAGGAGAAAGAGCAGAAAAAAGAGAAAACACACACACACACAUAUAUAUAUAUAUAUAUACAUACACAUACACUUACACCGACGUACAAUAAUUUUAAAUGAACACAUGCCACCCCGUUUAUUAUUGCCUCCCUUUUAAGAUCUCUUACUCAUUGCCAUUUUUAAGCCCCCCUCCAGCUUCUUUUAUCAAUAGAGCUACAUUCUACCUAUGUGAGAUAAAUGUAUGUCAAAGGUGCCAUUUUUGAACAUGCUUUUCACUAUAAUUAUGUGCUAUAGCAAUCAUUGAUUCAUCAGCUUCAAUUUUGCUCACUUUAUCCAAUCAAUUCUGUAUGGUUGGAGAGACCGUAGUCUUCCAGAACGUGGGAAUGAGGGCCUUUGCCACAUUUAAUAAAACGCUAACAAUUGAUUUUUUUUUUUAUAUUGAGUUACUGAUUGACCUGUUUGGUGUAAGAGGACAUUCUCAGUUUGGAAUGGUGGGGCUUCUCCCAAAAUUGUUUCAAUCUUUGCCCGUACCCCCUCCCAAAAGGCUGUUAGAAGAUGACAAGACCACCAAAUAUGUAGGUGUGUCCCAGGGAGUUCAUUGCCACUCCAGGAUAAUGGUGAUUGUGUUGGAAAAAAAUUAUGUAAACUAGUAGGUGUGUGAUACCAAAAUAAAAGUAUCUUAUAAUUUUUGUUUCUUGACAUUUGGUGCAUACUGUACUAUAAUGAUUCAGUGUCAAAAUCUUUAACCACUGUUCCUCUGAGAAUGAUAUCUCCAAGGCCUCCUCCCAUGUCCUCUUAAAUACUUUACCACUAAUAUUACCUUUUGUGAAAAAAAAAAUCCUGUGCCUAAUUGAGUUCCUUUUGCUGCAUGGGUCCUCAAAUUUUGUAUUUCCUCUGCUCAACAUAUGUUUAUUUGGUAUAGAUUAAUAAAAAUGCUUAAUCUGAGCAUAUUAAUAUCUCUCCAUGAAUGUAGGUAUUGUAUUAAUUACCAAAUCCUCCAAUUUCCAUAAUCCCAAAGAGUUUAUCACCCUUUGGAUCGGUAUUACCUCAUCUGGCCCUAUGAAAGCCAACCUCGUUUUGUGACUGCCUUCCGUUAGUUCUGGGUUAUAUGUAAGCGGUAAUAGAGGGCUAGGUAUAGGUGAGGCUAAUAUACCCUUUUAAAUCUGGAACCAUUCUCUCAAGGUUGCUGAAAUAAGGCUAUUAGGGGGUAUCUGUAAUGGUAUUCUUAAAGUUUGUAACCACGUUAAGGCAGUUAGUGGCAUUGGGCAACAGGCUUUUUCGAUGGCAACCCAGGGCUUAUUUAGGUCCUUGGCAUGCCAUUCUUGGACUCGCAACAGAUGUGCUGCUUGAUAGUAUCGCUUAAAAUUUGGAAGUGCCAGUCCCCCUUUUGAUUUCGGAAGGCAUAAAAUGUCAUGUCUAAGGAGUCGGCGUGUUCCUCUCCAUACAAAAGUUAUAGCUGCUCCUCUAAGAGAGGAAAGAAAGGAACGUGGUAACUCAGUUGGGAUUGUCUUAAAUAAAUACAGAAUGCAUGGUAAAAUAUUCAUUUUUAAGAUAUUGAUACGCACUAUCCACAAGAUAUUUUGCGUAUUCCAUUUACGGACAUGUUUGUAUGUUGUUUAAUAAGCGUAAGUGAUCAACGAUAGAUGCUUGGGAGGGAUCAGUGGUUAGCCAAAUUCCCAAGUACUUAAUUUAAUCUUUACACCAUUUAAUGGAAAUUGGGUUGACAGACUAUUAUUUUUUAGUGAUGGAACUGUAAUAUUUAAUAUUUCACAUUUUGAUGCAUUUAGCUUUUGGUUUAUUUCACUUUUAAAAUAUCUGCAUCACACUGUAAAUAUAUGAUCGAAAGUUAGCUAAGAUAAAAUUAUUGUGGAUUUAUAAUAUAUGCUCAUAUAAGCGACCACGUUGACCGAGUUGUCUGUAUUUUCUCUUCUUUGAAUGAGAACACAACGGGAAGUGUAAAAAGAUAAACCUUGCACUGUGGCCUAAAGGUUUAAUAAGUAAACAAAGAGAAAUCAAAUAAUAAUUCUUCCAGCUAUUAAGUCAUUCAGGGUUUUCCAAACUGUGUGCACAUAGCAAAGAAGCAAAGCACGUGGUAUAAUGUUAAUAUUUGCACACUUACAUGGAAUGCCAUUGAUUUCACAGUGAUCUCAUUUGCAUUCUUUUCUUUUUUAACUAAGGUUUAACUUAUUGUGUAAUUUUCAGAUAAAAUAGUACUAGCCCAUAUAAAUUUCAUGGCUUUAAGUACAUGAACAAACUCCUUGUUAUAUGCUAAGAUUCUUUUAUUGGCACCCAAAUAGAUGCAAUGUUUGAACAGAGAACCUGUCUUCAUCAAGCCUGAUAAAUGCAGGUUCUCUGUCGAAUUAUAUUGCUGCCAUUUGGGUGCCAAUUAAAGGAUAUUAACGUAUAACAAUCAUUGCUGAACAUUUUAUUAUUGUUUAUACCCGGAUUAUGAUGGGUAACUGAGCCGUGAUACUUCUAAACCCUUGGAGGACAUAUAUUCAUUUAAAAAGUACACAGAUACACAACAUACUUUUGGCUAGUCCUCGUAGUUUUAGUCUUAUUCAGAUACAUCAGUUUUUAAUGAUAUCAAAUCAAGCACAAAAUAAUGCAAUCGCUAUAAACCAGAAGUAGAGUUUAGCAACUUUUAACACUGCUCUCUCUUUUGGGACUACCUUUCCAAUAAGUAAUUUAAUCUACUGCCUGCACAGUGAGAAAUGUCACAGCCAAUGGGAAAUGUUGAUUUUGUGUAUUUAAAUGCAUUAAAUUAACUGGGUAUAGGUUUAUGACCAACGCAUACAAAUAUGUUUAGUAGAGUGAUGUUUCAUGCAAGACCUAGAAACCAUGGGUUUUCUAGAAAUAAGGAGAAUUGUACUUGCCUGACUACAAAGUACUUAAUGUGAAGGUUAAUAAUAUAGGAAAGUUCUUGUGGUUUGAGGUUAAUAUUCUUAUCUUCAAUGGAAGGACUUGUUGAAUGUUUUAUUAUUAGUGAUGUCCCGAACGGUUCGCUGGCGAAUAGUUCCUGGCGAACAUCAUUUGUUCGAGUUCGCCACGGACGGCGAACAUAUGCGCUGUUCGGUCCGCCCCCUAUUCGUCAUCAUUGAGUAAACUUUGACCCUGUACCUCACAGUCAGCAGACACAUUCCAGCCAAUCAGCAGCAGACCCUCCCUCCCAGACCCUCCCACCUCCUGGACAGCAUCCAUUUUACAUUCAUUGUGAAGCUGCAUUCUUAGUGAGAGGAGGGACAGUGUAGCUGCUGCUGAUUUGAUAGGGAAAUUGAUAGCUAGGCUAGUGUAUUCAGUGUCCACUACAGUCCUGAAGGACUCAUCUGAUCUCUCUGACCUCACUACCCCCCACACCCUCAGCCUCACUACCCCCCACACCCUCAGCCUCACGACCCCCCAACCACCCUCAGCAUCACCACCCCCAACCACCCUCAGCCUCACUACCCCCAACCACAUCCCCAGCCUCACUACCCCCACACCACCCUCACUACCCCCACCACCCUCAGCCUCACUGCCCCCACCACCCCUCAGCAUCACUACCCCCCACCACCCUCAGCAUCACUAUCCCCCAACCACCCUCAGCAUCACUAUACACACAACACACUUCAAGCAGCUACCGCAUACACAUAGGGUCUCAGACAAAAACACAAACAUGCUCACAGAGACAUACAUUCACACACAAGGAUACUCUCUGUCAGACACACUCUCAGGCACAUACACAGGUAAACUGUAUAUGUGACACUUUUUUGUUAGUGGGGCCUCAUGUUUGAGUUUCGCCUAAGGCCUCAUAAAGUCUAGAGCCGCCUCUGGGUGACCCAAUAGCUUGCAUUUAAAAAAACCAAAACUUUUUUGACUGUAAUAUAAUAGCAGUCAGUUUCCUUCACGAGUGUGCUUUUCAGGGCCUGCCCAGUGCCACCACUCACUCACUGGUGUCCCAAUAGCUUGCAUUUAAAAAAAAAACAACUUUUUGGACUAUAAUAUAAUAGCAGUCAGUUUCCUUCAUGAGUGUGCGUUUCAGGGCCUGCCCAGUGCCACAACUCACUCACUGGUGUCCCAAUAGCUUGCAUUUAAAAAAAAAAAACUUUUUGGACUGUAAUAUAAUAGCAGUCAGUUUCCUUCACCCGUGUGCGUUUCAGGGCCUGCCAGGGCACAGUGUCACACCAGUGCAACUCAUAUCUGGUGUAACAGUAGUGUAUAUUUAAAAAAAAUAAUACAAUUUUGACUGUAAUAGAUUGAAUAGCAGUUAGUUGUCUGCAAGCGUGUGUAUCAGGCCUGUCACUGUGAAGCGGGCAUAACCCUUACACUACCUGAUCGAUACAGCACGUUAUUCAAAACAGUUUAGGAAUGUUAGGUGAUUUAUGCCCUUUAUGGAUUAAAACCAGACUCUGCAUCAACUAUGUAACUUUCCAUGGGAGUUUUGCCAUGGAUCCCCCUCUGGCAUGCCACAGUCCAGGUGUUAGUCCCCUUGAAACAACUUUUCCAUCACUAUUGUGGCCAGAAAGAGUCCCUGUGGGUUUUAAAAUUCGAUUGCCUAUUGAAGUCUAUGGCGGAUUCGCCCGUUCGCGAACAUUUGCAGAAGUUCGCGUUCGCGAACCGAAAAUUUUAUGUUACGCAACAUCACUAUUUAUUAUUAUAGCAAACAGCAAGCUAGAUGUUUAAGCAUUGUAUCCUAUGCUUUGUCAGCUAAAGUCCAUACAGAAAUCAACUGUCAACACUGAUGUGGAAUAACUUGAAAUGCUAGUAGAUAACUUGACACCCCAUUCACCAUAAAUUUGUGGGAUGAACUGACAAUUUAACCGUGAUAUCUGAAUAAGCAAUAUCCAGCUCACAGGUAUCACAUAGCCUUCAUGGUGUGACAGAAAGUAGACUUCCAUCUUUAGGUGACCAGUACCAACACACAAAUCAGUCCUAUAUGUGACCAAAUGAUGUUUGUACAUCUAUAAGGCUGACUGAAUAACGAGAUAAAGACCUAACAAGGUCCAAACCCUGACAGGACAGUCUUAUGGCUGAAUAAAUCAAUCUCAUACAUUGGACUAAAUAAUUUCUAUUUUAGGCUUGUAAUAAUAGAAAGGCAAAGCCAAUGGCAUAUUUCUACAUGUGCUUAGCUAGAAUUUUAGCACAUAUGCAAUUAGAGUGGCAUUGUAAGAACCAUAUCCAUUAUGUGCUGUUGAGGUGGUUGCGGAACUACUAGUCUCCAGGCACUGACCUCUGGUUCUGGAUCAGACCAUUAUUGUAGGGCUUAACCAAAAUCAAGGGGAGCAGAGUCACCUACUUUCUCAUGUGGAAGUUCCACAUCUCCAUUAGCAAUAAAAGUUAUGUCUAUAUUUGGAUAUCGUUGAUAGGCUAAGUGUCUCAAACUUGAAAAAUCCUUCAAGACUUUUUUUCACUUGACUCAUUUGAGGCAUUUUGAACAAAAUAGAGACAGCAGUAGUAAGAAUUUGUAAAAGUGAGAUGAUAAAGAGUUUAAGAAGGGUUGCAGGAGGAAAUAUUCAAACACAGUUAAAGCUCUGUAGUGUGUCAAAAAUAUUUCAGUAGAUGUAGUGAUGAGAGAAUGCAAUAGUUGGUCACUGGAGAUCAGGUGGGUAUAUUGGAGAGUGAAGAGAAAACAAUCACCAAAAACUAGACAGGUGGUUAAUGGUAGAUGAUGAAAAGAGAGAAGGAAACGGCCAAUAUAAUAUGUUUGAUCAAUACGCAUUGUGUACUCUACAUUUCCCCUUUAACUGUAGCCAGUACCUUCUGGUACUGAAAAUGUGUUUAUUUGCCACAGCAUAAUAAUUUUUUUACAUGUUUAUUUUCAACAUCUCCAGUGCUUGCAACAUGGUAAUGGAAGACCCUGUGCAUGCUUUUGUCUUUUUAGUAUUGGCCCUGUUUCUGGUUCAAACCUCUUUCACACCUCUGAUGAAAUAAUUUGGGGAAGAGGUGGAGUAGAGCAGUACAUAUAUCACAGUCUUAAAAGUGCAUACCUGUUUUCUCUGCCCCCUCUCCAUCCACUGGGCUUCAUUACCCAAAAUAACACCAGAAUUUGACGUUUCAGCUCUCUGUCUGUAGCACAGCAUGCCUGAGGCAGGAAGGACCAGGUGUUUUUUUUUUGCCAAGGCACGUUUCCUGCUUCCCCACCAGAAGAUCGAAGAAAAUGGGUUUUUCUUAGGGCUUGAAGACUUCUUCCUUAGGGCUUGCUCUACUGAUGUGCUCUAAGUAUAAUAUGCAUACAUAUAAUCUUUUUCCAUAGAUUAAUUGGUGAUCUUUUUUGUUAUUCUCUAUACAGGUGCCUUUCUAAUUCCAUAUACGAUCAUGCUAGCACUUGCUGGCCUCCCGUUGUUCUUCUUGGAAUGCUCCUUGGGUCAGUUUUCCAGUCGAGGACCAAUUUCUGUAUGGAAAGUCGUACCAAUUCUACAAGGUAUCUUAAUGUUAAUGUCUCCAAAUAUCCUUUCACCCGUCUCUCCUUCAUGGAAAUGACUUGUUAUGUUUUUUCAUGGCAUCAUUGCUUUUUCGGUGCUUUUCAGGCAACUCAAAGAGAAGCAAAAGGUGUCCCAAUUUGAAUUAAUUUAUUUUUCCAUCCCUCAAGUUUGGUGGGAGAGAUUGAAUGCAAUUCUCUGUUUCUGAAUGAGAGGUAGUUGUAGUCUACCUUCAAAGCUUCUAUCUCAAGUUCAUUUAGCUGUAUUCAAUAAAUAUUCAGCCAGUGUGCCUCUGGCUACCUCAAAUAUAGCUGAAUUGGAUAAAUAUUUCUCUAAAUCAGCUAUGCUUCAAGUUCAGAUUUAGGUAUUGUGACAGAACCAUUUGUCUAACUAUUGUGGUGGAUUCGUCUAUUUCUGCCCCCUUUCGUGUAAAUGGCUGUUUCUAUAGCCCAGCCAUACGAAUGACUGUUUUCACCGAACAAAUUCACCGAACGGAUGGCCACCCAGGAUAAGAAGUGUGCUACUGGUUAACCUCUUGAUCCCAAUUAGAACGUUGUGGUUAACCGCAGACACUUCUCAAUUAAACCUAAUUCAGGGUGGCCGUCGUUCGUAUGUCGACCACGAGGCAGCGGCCAUUUUAAAACGCACAAAAGCGUACGAACACCGGCCGUUUGGGAGUUUUACAACACACAAGGACUUAACCCAGAUAGCCUUCCCAUGGAGUCAAUCGCAUACCGAAAGACUUUAAGGACUUUGACUCCAUGGCGAUUGAUUGAUUGAUUGUGUGUGGGAUCUGAGCGCUAUUCACCAAAAAUAUGCACUCAGAUCCAGGCUGUCUGGGGAUAUGUGAUGCGAAUGGGAAAUGUUCGGUUAUUUUAAAGUUAUGUAUUUUUAUGUAUUUUCUGGUUUUGUAUUUAAGAUGGUGAUUUGUCUUUGUCCUGGAGAUGAUUGAAUUACUUCUCAAUUAUCUCCAGGGCAGAGGGGAGGAAACCAUAUUGCAUUGUGGGAAAAGAUGUGACUGUACGUCUGACAUGUCCCCAUGUCCAUCUGUAAUUCCAGUCUCCCAUUUGGUGGGGAGUGUCCACCAAGUGGGAGACCAGCAUAAAUACGGGCAGGUAGCCCACAGUAAAGCCAGAUCCUGUUUGACCCUCAAUGCGGAGCUUCUGUCUCGUUAUUGGGGGGAUUUAUUAUUUGCGCUUAGAGACUGCUGAUUGGAACCGAAAGCCGCUUGGUGGAUAUCGUUGUUCGGUGGCUAGCAGUAGUUCGUGAAUUUCCGUUCGGGAGUUUGGAGCCUUUCACGGAUCCCGGUCGGGAGAUUACCGCUUUUCCUGAUGGGGUCUAUGCGAAUGAAGUUAUUGGUAUUGCGAAAGGGGAAGGCUAACUAAACGGCGGUUUCUCUUAAAGACACCAGGGGUGUCUUAGGUAUAGCAGGACAUAUGCUAAUAAGGACUCCAACAGUACCUCUACCCCAGAGACAACCACAUUCACAAGUGCAGAAAAUAGAAAUAAGGACCAGGCAGUUGUAUAAUGGCCAAGGCAGUUUGAUUGGUCAAGCUGCAGUAACCUUUUGUUCUUAACAGAACCUUCUUCAGAUCCUUUUACAAUACCGCAGUCUUGGGCCUCAUUCAAGUUUCCAGUCCUUUUUUUCUAUUUUCUAUGCUUCAAGUUUGUCUAAUUUGGCAAUUUGGCCUAAAAUUUAAAAUUCACUUUGGCUUCAGGGCUGUAAUAGUUUGAUAGUUUGAAAAAACCCUAAAAUCUGGGGUUUUUAUUUAUUUUUUUGGAUAAAUGUCAGUAUGAAAAUUGGAAUUCCCAUCUGGCAAUUAAUUACAAUUAAUAAGACAAUUAAUUUAUAAUGGUGGCUGUAAUCAUAAAGUUGCAAAGUUUGCAGUCCUGGAGCUUUUUUUCAUUUCUGACUAUUUUGUGUUAAAUGAUAAAGAUCUCUGGCCAGUUCCAAACAAUUCACUGUUUAGUAACUAAUUGCUCGUUAAAUUCUUCAACUCAUUGGACAAUUUGUAGUGAUUCUUUAUUCAUUCAAAAUAUCAUAUUAAGGUGGAACAUGUAUCUUAUAGUUUAAGUUAGCUCAAUAUAUGUUUUUUCGUUUACUUCCAAUUUUGUCUUUUUUAAAUUCAUGCUGAUUUUUAUUGCAUGUUUCCCUUUUUGUCAUAAUCAGUAUGAGCACAUCCUGGGCUUUGAGUAACUGAUUAUCAUUCCUUAUAGAUGAUCCAUUAACUAUUAAGUUAGUGUUAAGUGUUUGCCCUUUAAGAAGUGGUUCAUUGCCUUAGUCUUUAUGAACUGGAUUAUUUACCAGAACGAAAGGUGUUAGACCUUAACGUCCUACUGUUCAAGCAGCAACCGUAUUUUAAAUUAUGUUUGGUUAUUAUUUGACAAACUCACUGCAUGCAUCAUUCUAUCUUUUUAAGAUUUGUUGCUGACGCUGGUAGUGGUGAUUCUGGAAAAACAUAGCUUUGUUAUUAUAAAAUGUCAUCCAGUAACAUAGACCUAAUGGUAACUUUACACCGCUUGGAAUAUGCUAGGCAUCAGCACUUGCAGCAACACUCACCCCAUUCCUAGCAUUUGAUUACACUGCUACAAUAAGCUCUGUCCUUCAAACGGGACUAAAGAUACUCACAGAAGUGGAGAUCCACUAAUCUGGCAUACUUGGCAGGGCUGAAUUUCUGCUCUCUCAUGAACAGUGAGUGGAUAAUGUGAGCCCUGCUUAUAGAGAAAAAGCAUGGGGAACAAUCCAGACAUUGUCUUGCAUAAUCCCAAUUAUUGGUAACAUUUUCUAACUGAUAAAGUUAAGUGUUCGAUACACUAGGCCAGGUGUAGGUAACCCAUGGCACUCCAGGUCUUGUGGACUACUUCUGAAAUUAUUAGGGCAAACAGUACCCUUGUUUCUAUUUGAAAGAGAAAAGAAAUGGGCACAUGGUGUGUAAUAACCUAUACAUCCAGGUGUAAAGUAUGUGAUGUCACACUCAGUGAUAAGCACUCAAAAAUAAGCAGUACUGCCAUUAGUGUCUCCUGAACUCAAUAAGAGACUCCAUGUAGAACUGCAUAAAUAUAAUACCUUGGUAUGUCUGCUGCAGUCCAUCGCUCCAAUUCCUGAUUUGUACAAAUACAGAGAAUGGUGCAACUUAUGGGAGCUUUCAUCUGAAUCCUUUUUUUGUUGUUGUUAUAAUUGUUACAACAGCCAUCAUGCAUGUGAAAACCAGGUAAAUUGCCAUACCUUGUCUUUAUAUACCUGAAUUAAAGCUGUCCGAUUGCCUGGAGCAUUCUCUUAAGGCUGCAUACCUUGAAUUCAGUACUCAUUUAGAAAACAAAAACAAUAAAGUUGGAAUAAUCCGUGCCGUCUAUUAUAAAAGGCUAUCUUUUAUUCAGUCAGUGACCUAAUUUCAUGGAAUAUUUACAUAUCAAAUCUGCAUUUAAUCUGUGUUUAAUCUUCCUUCUCUGGGUUGUUGAUCAUCUAACUGAUACAAUGAAUGUGUGUCAUGAAUUGGAAAUAAGAGCUCGUGAAAUUACUGUUUCUUUCUACCUGCAGACAAUGUUAUCUUUUCAUAGUUAUUAGCAACAACACACAAUGGCUUGAUUGAGUUCGGCAGAGCGUGCUUGGGUUUUAUUUACAAUAGAAUUAUUUUGAAGUUGGUAGGAUAAAUAUUUCCUAGCAGCCUUCCUGUUUUGAGUAAUAAACUCUGGCUGAAAUAUCUCUAUAGAGUAGUUGUGCAACAGGGACUCAAAGACGUUAUAUCAUGCGCAAAAUCUAAACUCUAACAGAUAUGCAAAGCCGUUUAAACAUUAUAGGGCUUUUCAAUUCCAAAAUGUAACAAAAAGUAAACAGUUCAACAGUUCUGGAUAUGAUAUGAGAUCACUAUGGGUCUAUAAUUUUAUUACAGUAUGUGCAUUUUGGGUAUACACAAAGGCUGCUUUUUAUUUCUUCUUUUAUGACUUAGUUAUAAAAUUAGUUACAAAAAUCUGAAAUAGCUAGAAAUGAUUAGCCAGUUAAUUUGAGAUUUUAGAUUUAUGCUGGGAAUUUUUUUCUUUACAAGGAAAUGGUCAGAAUGUAGAAGAAUGUGGGUGAAGUUAUCAUCAAGCCAUGUUCCCGACGUGCAUCAAAGGACCCCUAAAAAGUGUCCCUAAGUAAAAACACCUAAGCUGCCUUAAAAAAAGGCUCUCGUUAGGUAAAUGCAUUGUCUACGAAAAAAUAGUUUGAUGUGGUAUUGAAAAUAUUAACUGGAUUCUCUUUCCUUUCAGGUGUUGGAGUGAUGAUGGUUCUUAUUACAACAUGUGUUUCCAUUUAUUAUAACAUUAUUAUUGCCUACAGCUUAUAUUACAUGUUUGCCUCAUUUCAAAGUAUACUUCCUUGGUCUGAGUGCUUUGGGUGGGCAGAUGAAAAGUGCAGUAAGACCAUCCGAGGUACGUUUUAAUGAAACAAUUUAAUCGACAUUCAUGCUAAUGAAUAUGUGACUUAUACCUGACUAUAAAUGGUUAUAUGAUCACAGUUCAUAUGAUCACUGUUUUAUAGGGACCUCUCCAAAAAGAGAUACCUUAGCAUCAUUUUAAAUCUAGUCCUGAAAAAUUUAUUUUUUUAGCUGUCCCUAAAUGAAUUACUGAUCUGACACACCUAUAUUGAUAUAAUUGUGAUUAAGUUGAACUCCUGCUGAUGUUUGCUAGGUAGCAUAUCAUAACUGACUCAAACCGAGACCCGUUAACUGUAUUAUUUAACUAAAUCUAGACUAAUCCGACGCAGACAUAGUUUUGUAAUUGGGAUAAUGCGUCAGCCUUGCAUGCCUUGUCACCUUGCGUGUAGUAUUUUUAUAGUGUAUGAGGUUUCCAAAUUAUCGGUGUCAGAUCUACCACAUCUUUCUGGACUUGUGCUACAAUAGGUUGGCACAUAAAAAACACCUGUAGGAGGGAAAUAAAUCAUAAAGGCCUUUUUAGGAUUGCCUUUUGAUUAUUUCUCUGCAACAACAUAUCAAAUGGAUACUCUAUGCACCAAGAUAACAUUAGCUCAAGAAGCAGUUCUGGUGUAUGAAUCAUGCCCCUGCAGUCUCACUACUCAAUUCUCUGUCAUUUAAGAGUUUAAUCACUUGAUUCUGUGUAUGCAGCUAUAGCCACACCUCCCCUGGUUGUGAAUUCUUUUUUCAAUUUUAGUCAGUACAGUGUGUUAACGUUAGAAGUUUUGAUCUCCUGCUCUGCUCACAGAUAGGAAGUGUCUGCAGGCUAUUAACAGAGAAGGAGAUAAUAAAUUAUAAAUUAGACUGUACAAUAAAGGAUGUUUAAACAUUAGAUUACUCUUUACAGGAAGUGUUUAGGAAGGCUGUGUAAAUCACAUGCAGAGAGGUGUGACUAGGGCUGCAUAAACUAAGGGACUUAACUCCUAAAUGGCAGAGAGUUGAGCAGUGAGACUGCAGGGAGAUGAUCUAUACACUGAAACCACUUCAUUAAGCUAAAGUUGUUUUGGUGGUUAUGGUGUCCCUUUUUAAGUGAAUAAACAAUAAGGAGAAUUAGAUCCUCGUCCCUUACUUUGCACACAUUUUAUUUUAAGAACAUGAUUCCUCCUAAUUAAGAGUUUCUCUGUAUAAAUGUCUACUGAAUAUAUUAUUCUAUCUUUAUUUCAGGUUCAUGCAAUGUUACGUUAUUUGCAAAUGAUGUCGUCACAUAUAACCUUACCUAUGUCAAAGAAAGAAAUCUAACCUGUAUGAAAGACAGCAGGGUCCUAGAGCAAGUGGACCUGCCAAGCAAACAAUACUGGGAGUAAGUUAACGACAGCUCCAUUAUGGAUACAUCUUUCACUGUCGUGACUAUUCUUAGUUGUGAGAGAUAAAGGAAGUUCUAGUUCUAAUAAACAAACUAGAACAUGGGUAGGCAACCUUCGGGACUCUAGAUAUUGGGGAUUUCAUCUCGCAUAAUGCUCUUUCAGACAUGAUGCUGGCAAAUGAGAUGUAGUCUACAACAUCUGGAACACCUGGAGUGCUGAAGUUUGCCUAAUCUGAACUGGAAUCUUUACAAGACCUUACUAAAUCCUUUACACAUAUGCCCAGAUCCAUCCAAUUGUGUUUCCUAGAGGUUCAGGACACAGGCAUUAUGUUGUUUAAAAGGCUUUAGAUUUAUCCAUGGUAGAUUGCAAUUUGCAAUGCUUUGUAUCUAUGUAUUUUAUUUUUUGGGAAUGUACUCACUAAACCAAAAAUUGUUGAGAGUCAUUCCAUGACAUCAUUAAGGCAGUCUUGGAGGCCUAGAAGAGAGUGAUUGAGUUAAGAUCCCUACAGGGCUUUUUUGCAGUUUAAUUUAUAUUUGCAUGUAGCAUUGCCAUAUUUCAAAAUCUGCUUGAAAUACUAUUUGGAAAUUGAUACUAUAUAAUUUUUUAAAUGUUUACCCUCUUUUGAAAAUGUAGGAAUUCUGGAAUAUAAAUCAGUACAUACAAUUGCUGGUUUUGACCUACAUUUAUGCACAAGAUAUUACAUCCAUGUUUCAAAUAAAUAUUACACCAGGGUGUUUAAGAAACAGACCCUUACCAAAAGUUGCAGACUUUAAGGUUACAAAAGCAGCAUUGGUGUUAUAGUCAUGGGGGUUUAUAUUUUAGAACAGGAUUAUGAGAGGAAUAAUAUACAGGUCUACAUUAAUUGCUAAAAAAAAAAAUUACCUUUUAGGACUGGUUCCAUUACUUUAAGAAUGCAAUCAAGAAUAUUGAUUGCUUUAAGUAACGGAUGAUUAUAUUACAUGUAAUAUAAAAAAAAUUGUAUGAACUAACAUAUCUCUUUUUCAGAAUUUCUAAAUUUAAGCUAGUCAGUUGUUUUCUACACAUUGUACUCCGUUUCCAUAAGAAGGUUUUUCCCUUUAUAUCCUAACUGUCUGAUUAAUCUUUGAAAUUCUACUUCCAAUUCAGUUAAUUCACAUUAUACUGUUGACUUCUUCCUCAACGAAUGGUUUUAUUCAGUCUGGAAGUAUGGUGGGUAAAGUGGAGAUUUAACUGAUGCUUCCAACUUAGUAACAGUAUUUCAGCACCAACAAACCUCACCAGACAAUAGGUAAGGUAGGGAAACCUUACAAGAGAAUGGGCAAGGUAGAGAAACUUCACCAGACAAUGGGAAAGGUAGGGAAACCUCACAAGAGAAUGGGCAAGGUAGAGAAACCUCACCAGAGAAUGGGCAAGGUAGGGAAACCUCACCAAGGAAUGGAUAAGUUAGAAAAACCGCACAAGAGAAUGGGCAAGGUAGGAAAACCUCACCAGGGAAUGGGCAAGGUAGGGAAUCCUCACCAGAGAAUGGGCAAGGUAGAGAAUCCUCACCAGAGAAUGGGCAAGGUAGGAAAACCUCACCAGGGAAUGGGCAAGGUAGGGAAUCCUCACCACAGAAUGGACAAGGUAGAGAAUCCUCACCAGAGAAUGGGCAAGGUAGGAAAACCUCACCAGGGAAUGGGCAAGGUAGGGAAUCCUGACCAGAGAAUAGGCAAGAUAGAGAAUCCUCAUCAGAGAAUGGGCAAGGUAGGGAAUCCUCACCAGAGAAUGGAUAAGGUAGGGAAUCCUCACCAGAGAAUGGGCAAGGUAGGGACUCCUCACCAGAGAAUGGAUAAGGUAAAGAAUCCUCACCAGAGAAUGGAUAAGGUAAAGAAUCCUCACCAGAGAAUGAGAAAGGUAGGAAAACCUCACCAGAGAAUGGGCAAGGUAGAGAAUCCUCACCAGGGAAUGGGCAAGGUAGGAAAACCUCACCAGGGAAUGGGCAAGGUAGAGAAUCCUCACCAGGGAAUGGGCAAGGUAGGAAAACCUCACCAGGGAAUAGGCAAGGUAGAGAAUCCUCACCAGGGAAUGGACAAGGUAGAGAAACCUCACCAGAGAAUGGGCAAGGUAGAGAAUCCUCACCAGGGAAUGGGCAAGGUAGGAAAACCUCACCAGGGAAUAGGCAAGGUAGAGAAUCCUCACCAGAGAAUGGGCAAGGUAGGGACACUUUACUUGAGAAGGGGUAAGGUAGGGAAGCAUGCACAGAUUCUCAGUUAUUCAAUGUGUUCUUUAUGUAAAAAAGAUAAUGGCAUCUUAUGGCCUAGUACAUUGUUGGAAAAAGCAGUGAAGAAAAACAAUACAAAAAUUAGCCUUAUUUAUUCCAUGUAAUUUAAAUAAAUCUGUAUAUUAUUCCUCUCAUAAUCCUGUUCCAAAAUAUAAACCCCCAUGACUAUAACACCAAUGCUGCUUUUGUAACCUUGAAGUCUGCAACUUUUGGUAAGGGUCUGUUUCUUAAACACCCUGGUGUAAUAUUUAUUUGAAACAUGGAUGUAAUAUCUUGUGCAUAAAUGUAGGUCAAAACCAGCAAUUGUAUGUACUGAUUUAUAUUCCAGAAUUCCUACAUUUUCAAAAGAGGGUAAACAUUUAAAAAAUUAUAUAGUAUCAAUUUCCAAAUAGUAUUUCAAGCAGAUUUUGAAAUAUGGCAAUGCUACAUGCAAAUAUAAAUUAAACUGCAAAAAAGCCCUGUAGGGAUCUUAACUCAAUCACUCUCUUCUAGGCCUCGAAGACUGCCUUAAUGAUGUCAUGGAAUGACUCUCAACAAUUUUUGGUUUAGUGAGUACAUUCCCAAAAAAUAAAAUACAUAGAUACAAAGCAUUGCAAAUUGCAAUCUACCAUGGAUAAAUUUAAAGCCUUUUAAACAACAUAAUGCCUGUAUAUGCACUUAUAUAAUCUUUCAUAGGAAAGUAAUGCUUAAACAGUUGCAAUCUACCAUGGAUAAAUCUAAAGCCUUUUAAACAACAUAAUGCCUGUGUAUGCACUUAUAUAAUCUUUCAUAGGAAAGUAGCGCUUAAACAGUCAAGCGGCCUUGACGAGACUGGUGAAAUCGUGUGGUACUUGGCUCUAUGUCUCCUUCUAGCUUGGAUAAUUGUUGGUGCUUCCCUUUUCAAAGGGAUUAAAUCAUCCGGAAAGGUAAAGUAGUAGUUUAAAUACCACCAGGGAUAUUUACUAUAGAGGGAAUUGUAAGGAAUUCAAAGGGAAUUCAAAGGGAAAUUCAGAUUUAAAGGAACAGUGUACGCACUCAAACCGCUUCAUCUCAUUGAAAGUGUCCCCGUCCUCUUAACCCUGCAGCUGAAAACAUUGCGGUUUUAUGAAAACUGCAGUGUUUAUCUUGCAGGGUUAAGACUGCCUCUAGUGGCUGUCUAAUGAGGUAAGCAAAAAAAGUUAUAUUGACCCUUUGAUAGCCAUGGGGGCUGGGGUUGGUGGGGCAGAGGGGGCUCUAUAAUCCUAACACUAUUCCUUUAAGGCCAAAGUAUCUUAACUGGAGGCAUAGCUGACUUGGAGAAUUUUUCCUGUUCACUUUAAAUUCCUUGAAAAUUCUCACUACAGUUUUCAUGAAAGUAUCCAUUAUUAUAUUAAAGUAAAUCUCUGUAAUUCUGAUAUGAUCCAAUGGCACACAAUGUUUAACCCCUUAAGGACGCAUGACGUGUGACAUGUCAUGAUUCCCUUUUAUUCCAGAAGUUUGGUCCUUAAGGGGUUAAGAAGGCACUUAAAUUAUAGCACACGUGAUGACUUAAUAACUUUCGAUCUAACUAGAACAUAGAAACUUUUAAUAGCACUGCGUUCCAUUUUAGCUACAGAGCAAAGAACUCUGGCUGUCAGGCAUGUGAAAGUCUUAGAAAGUCAUAAACCAAUUAGGCCCCUGGGCAAUAGCCUGGCACCCCCUUUCUCUGUGCCAUAUAGGUUAUUAUCAGUAUCCUCAAGUCUAGUAGAUCACUAAAAUGCCAACCUAGUGUAAAUUCAGACAAUAUUAAAUACGUUGACAUGAAUCAUUAAAUGAAAAUGAAGCAUACCUGAUAUCCAGAGGCGUAACUAGAAAUCAUUGAGCCCUGGUGCGAAAAUUACCAUGGGCCCCCCACAUGUUUCAUCUUCCCCAGCCCCUCCACACACCUCAUUCCCUCCCCCAUAGCACCUCCAUACAUCUCAUUCCUCCCUAGCCCCUCCAUGCAUCUCAUUUCCCCCCCAGCCUCUCCAUGCGUCUCAUUCCCUCCCCAAUAGCCCCUCCAUGCGUCUCAUUUCUCCCCUAGCCACUCUGUCUCAUUUCUCCCCUAGCCCCUCUAUGUGUCUCAUUUCCCCCCAGCCCCUCACUGCAUCUUAUUCCCUCCCCCAUAGUCCCUCCAUGCAUCUCAUUCCUCACUAGCCCCUCCAUGCAUCUAAUAUCCCCCCUGCAUCUCAUAGCCCCUCCAUGUGUGUCAUUCCCAAACCUCUUAGCCUCUCCAUGUGUGUCAUCUCCAGCCACUACCCCCUAGAGAUACUUUUAAUGUAUAUUUUAAAACUAUGUAAGCUUACCAAACCUAUUAUUUCUGAUUUUAAGAAGCUUCAAAACAUCUUUGAGUCAUAAAUCAUUGCAAUAAUGUAAUAAAGACCGAUGUCCCGAUAUUACUAUUUCUUCUCUGAUAUUUUACUGUAUAAUAUUCAGGUGGUGUACUUUACGGCAGUAUUUCCCUACAUUGUGCUUAUCAUCCUUUUGGUCCGUGGAGCUACACUAGAUGGGGCCUUUGAUGGAAUUGACUAUUAUAUUGGAAAUCAGUCAAACUUUACGAAACUUAAGGAGGCAGAGGUAUGUAGCUCUAUUCUUCGACUUACUAUUAUGUUCCAUAGAAAUCUUUUUGUAUAUCAUUUUAUUUCUAUCAUGUUCAUAUUAUACCUAAACGCAUAAUAAUUAUUUUUAUUCUAUCAAAAAAAUAAAAAAUGAAAGAGAUGGACACAUUAACAAAUGCAUGCGUGUCUAAACCUGCAUCCAGGUGACCUGAAUGAUAAUUAAAGUUAUUUCUAAGCUUAGUUUUAUAUGCAUCAAUUUUCCACUACUAAUCUAUUUAAAUUCAUAGAGAAAAUGUAAAACUAUACAAAUUAAUGAUUGGUUGCUUUACUUGUAUUAUGGGAGAUAUAAUUCCUCUGUUAUCUCUAUGCCCCCUCUCUUUUGCCUACACUAAACAUCUUCUCAUAUCUUACCAUUUCACCGUCUCUCAUUUACUUAUCAUGACUGCAAGCUCCUGAAGCAUGUGAGCUGAUUGAUGAGUCUAUCAAAUGUCACUUCAAAGGCAUACUUUUUCUAGAGCUAUAACCGUCUCACAUUAGAGUCAUGUUCACCACCAUACUCUGUUACAGCAACCAUAUUCCCUCCUGCACAUCCAGAUAACUUCUUAACAUAUUAAUAAUGCUAUUUGACCAGGCCCUAAGUUCCACUGGACAUUGAACACCUUCACUGACUCAUCUUUAUUUCUCGUGUUCUAGAUGGCAAUGUAGGAGAGAUGUGGCCAGUUGUAAGAAUCCCUAGGAUAUGAAGCAGCAUGGAUGCAUAAGUUCUAGAGUUGCAGAGAAAUCUUAUCUCAGUUCCUUUACAUGCAUAAAUAAAAGUAAAUCGAGUCUUGCAGUAGAGUCUUGUUGCAACUGGCCUUUCGCAUUGAACAGUUAUUGAGAUAAGAUGUAUUUUCCAAUUCAAAUCGACUUAUUCCCAGUUAAUGAUUAAUUAAAUAAUUGCCAGUGUGGUCCACCAAUGAAACAUAAUUAAAACGACCUAAGUUUACACCCAACUACUGGUGGAAAUACUUUAGUGAAAGCACCACAGGCUCCAUGACUGGUGGUGUCUGUCCCUCUUGUCCCACCCACAAAAUAAUUUAGAGUAUAGUUCUGCCUCUUUAAAUGUUGAGUCUAACUCUGCCCUUAUCUAAAGUUCUAGUGUUAGGAGCCAUCCCCGAAACAAUACAUCGUUGAAAUGGUUUUUUUUGUUUUUUUUUAAGCAGAAUGUUUUUGUUUGCUUUUUGUGACAUUUGUUAUUUCUCGUUACAGGUUUGGAAAGACGCUGCCACUCAGAUCUUUUUCUCACUUUCUACAGCCUGGGGUGGACUCAUAGCUCUCUCAUCAUAUAACAAAUUUCACAAUAACUGCUAUUCCGAUGCCAUUCUAGUCUGUGUCACCAACUGUGCAACAAGUAUUUUUGCUGGAUUUGCUAUAUUUUCUAUCCUGGGACACAUGGCCUACAUUUCAGAGAAAUCUGUAUCAGAUGUAGUGGAUUCAGGUAUUUUGAUCAUUUACUUUCAUGUGCAAUUCCAUUUUACUUUGCUUUUAUUUUCUCAUCCUCUAUCAUAUAUAGCCAAUAAUAGCUAAUGUGGCAAAGUCUUUUGUUUAGAGAGUAUAGACUGGCACCAACAAAUAUGGGUUAAAGCCCCAAAAAGCAAUAGUGCAAAUAUAAAGUGCAUGUCUAGUUACCGUAUAUACUACAGGAAUAAAACUAACAACAUGGCUGCACCCUACAUUCAGAUUGAGUCAUAACCCAGGCAAAUAUCUGAGAUAUUUUUAUGGUAUAUCCAUCCACAUGUAACACGUACUUUGUUGAAUAAAAGUUAUGCAGAGUUAUUAAAGGAACACUCCAAUGGAAAUGUGUGUGUGUGUGUAUAUAUAUAUAUAUAUUUAUAUAUAUAUAUAUAUAUUAAUAAUUUAUUGGAUAUGCCCCUUAAGAAAACAUUGCAUUAAAUUAUGCAUGUUUUCAUUGGGAGUAUAUCUAGGAAAAGUUUACAAAAGCUUUAGUAUUUGCAAGCCCUCCCCUUUGCACCUCGCCAGGCGUUCUGUGGCUGUCCAAUCACAAACCUCACACUCACACUUUGCAAGGCAGGUGAUCUGGGCAAAUGCUGCCUCUUGAGUCUAGCUCCACUGAGUUAAGCAAACCAGGAAGUAGCAGGACCUGUUGCCUAACUGACAGCCAGGGGGGUGUAACAAGGCAGGGAGUGAAGAGAAGACACUGUCAUAUAUAAAGCACUUUAGCAAGUAGGUUUGUGGAUUGCAAAUUUAAGGCAUUUCAUAAUUAAGUAAAGCUUUCCAAAUUAUUCAAUCCUGUUAGGAAACCUUUCCAAAUGAUUUGGAAAGUAUAUUAACCAGAGGCCAUACUGAUGCAUUGUAUGAGAUUCAGAAAUUCCUAAUUGUUGCCUAUGAAUAAUGUAUGUUCAUUUAUGACCUCAUGAGAAAUCGGGAUAUAUAACAUUGGGAAAAACUGUUUUUUCUCCAGCUUGUUUUAUUAGAAAGCAUAACACUGAAGGGUUACUCGAAGCACCAUGACAACUUCAGUGUAUGGUGGCACAAGCAGAAUUAUUGUUAAUUGUUUACUGGGGCUAGUUGCACCCCCAGCACACAAUAACUUGGGCACCCUGAAACUCUGUUUAGGGACCCCUAAUGUCACAAAAAAAGUCUGUCGCAAACUGCAUGCUGCCGACAGACGUAACACCCCCUCCCCCCCUUCCAUUUCUCCUAUGAGUUAUGAUGAGGCAUGGAAGAUCUUGCAGGUUUUACAGGGGGGCCGAAUAGUGAUGCCCCAAUAAGGCAUCUGUAUUAUAAAAAUGGAUUUUAAUUCUCAGGGUUAGAGUAACCCUUUAAGUAGAAUAUGAAUAGUUUUGUUUAUCUGAAUGUUCUCAUUGUUUUUCAGUAAUAUUGUGCAGCCUAUUAUGCUGAAUUUCAAUUAAAUCAAUAUGCCCGUAGCAAAAUCCAAACUAUGGCCCAAAAAUAAAUUAAUAUCAGAAACCUUUGUUUUAUUCCUCAGCAGUUAUCAAAGUGAUCACACUACAAUUUCACGAAUAUUUUUCUGCAUGCGAUGCCACAAAUUAGAAACCAGCAUCAUCUUACAAAUGGGUUUAAACUCUCAUCCCAUGGUUAAUCUUGCAAUGUUGCACUCGUUAGGAUGAUAUAGCAGAGUUUUUUAAAAAGUUGUCAUUGAUUGAUUUUUUAAAAUUAAAUCACAGGUUGAUGGUUAAACAUAGCCAAGUGCCAAGUGUCGCCUAGUUAUCCUAUAAUGUCCAAUAUUUGUAUUGUGGUGUGUGUGUUGGUUCUUAAAGGUACCUUUAAACACACUUGCAUGUAUUACAGGGGUUCUCAACCCAUUCCUCAGGACCCCCUACCAGUCCAGGAUUUGGGGAUUACCUGGGUGUGUCUCAGGUGUUUAGAUUCUAAGGUGUUUUUUUUUUUUUUUUUUUCUAAACACCUUAGACACACCCAGGUAAUCCCUAAACCCUGGACUGGUAGGGGGUCCUGAGGACUAACAUUGAGAACCCCUGAUGUAUUAUGUUAUUUAUACUGCUGUGUUAUCUUGCAGAUACAAUGCUUACUUUUUAUUAAAUUGGUGUAAUUAAUUAAUGUAGAAUCACCAGGUAAGGUUGCUUACACACACCAUCAAAUCAGGGGAGGUGUUUGUCCUGUUAGUUUUGCUUACGCACUAAAACUUCAUUUUAUUAACAAAUUAUUUUGGGGUAUUGGUUACUUGUUAAAAAAAAAUGUCAAGUCACUUUUAAGUCAUUUGAGAUGUUGAAUUUAGUUUUUAAAAGUGCCUCUUAAUAAGGAUUUUUGACGCUGAAACACAAGCCUUUACCAUAAGGUAUAAAACAUUUUGUCAAUGUACUAAAUAUGCUUCAAGUGUUGUCAAUUGAUUGAUUGUAUGGAAAUUAUUAACAGCUCAUCCGCAGAUUUCAAUCAAUGUAUCUAGAAUGUAUUUUGAAUAUGCAAUUGUAGUUUUUCCCUAUGUUCCAAUCUAAUGCCAUGCUAAUUAGAUCAUGACAUAGAUUAUAAAUCAAUUUUAAUACGUAGUAUUUUUUAAUCAGAAGUAAGUUCAUUUUGUUAUAGGACUUUUUAUAAAAGUGGGAGAGGGUUACAAACCAAAUAUAUCAUACUCUAUGGACCAUCUUUUAUUAUUAAAAAGUUGGUUCUUCAGUAAUACAAAUGAAUCAGCCAAAUAUUCAUUAAGACAAUGAUUAAUCACCCAAUAUUCCUGCUAGAGAAUGUGAAAACUCAAGAACAGCUGUUGUUUGUCAUCAAACUGAAACGUUCCACUUAUUUAUCUAAAUUCAUGUUAUCUAAAGAAUGUCUUGUCAUAUACCAAGAGCUAGCUAGCUAUUACAGACAGAAAUGUAAUGGCUAUUUUACAUGGAAUUCAAUUGUACAUCUUUUCUAAAAAAAAAAGGAAUUAAUAUUUAAAAGUAUCUCAAGAGAAAGCAAAAAGCCGCACGUCAGAACUAGUUCACUUUAAAUCUAACAAUAUUCUGAUCAUUUUGUAAACCAUCUAGAUCCUAUUACAAACAAUUCAGAAAGAAGAAGUAGUAAAAGUUUAAUAGUAAUGGGGAAAAAUAAAACAGAUUUUCUACUUUUUCAAAAGAGGCCACAAAAUAUUCCUCCCCUGCAAGUUAAUCUUGCUAGUUCCAGAGCAAAGGUUAUUUCAUGGACUCCUGACAAUUCACUAUUUAUAUGCUACAGGGGUAUUAAAUAUGGGCUUUCUGGAAAGCUGACAUAUUUAAUAUAUAGAAAGAAUUGACCCUCUCAGUACCAAUGGCAUGGCAGAGAUCUUAUGACAGCAUGUGCCUAUUGAAGAUCCAGAAAGUGUUACAGCUAAGUAAGGUUCCUUAUAUGUUAACCUGUUCAGUAGAAAUAAUUUGUCACCCAUUCCAGGAACAUGUAUUUUUUUUUCAUUUUGAAUAAGCAUUCAGUGAUCUAUAAAUUGUCUUUGGACAUUUGUAAAUGAAUAUAUGGGAAAUUUACAUGCAUUCCGAUGCAAUGUCAUUGCCCCCGAAUGGGACAGAGAAUGAAACAAAAAGUUUAUGGAGAAGUUUCCCUUCCAUUUCCUAACCCGAAUAGUAUGUUUGACUAUUUGUUAAUAUUUGUUGUGAAAUACAUUAUAACUUUAAUAAAAAUUAUUUGAAAAAAGAUAAAUAAAUGAAGGAAAGAAAGGCUAAAUUAGAGUUUGAAGAGUGGCUUUGAAAUCAAGUUUUUAAUAAGGGCAUAUGAACUAUUGACAGAAUUAUUAUAUUUCUUGCAUGAAUCAAUAACUAUAUUAUUUUGAUACAUAUACUCUCUAAUAAUUGAUUUCUGUUAUAUAAUUCAGUGUUUAUCAAGUCUACAUUGCAGACACAGCAUAUUUCUUCCAUGAUAAACACGUAUUUUAUUCUGUAGAAAUCAAACUGUCUCUUGAGACAGUUAAUUAUUGCCAUUGCUUUACAUGGUUUUCUGUGGGAAAAUGACAAAUAUGGGGUUUAUUCACUAAAAUGGGAACUGUAUAGGUCAAUAUAGCCAAUAUUUUCCAACUUGGAUAUUUUGGGCUGAAAUGUCAUUAAUCCACAAUUCCUAGUUUAGUGAACAGCCAAAAUAGUCAUUUUCUACAGAUAGCUACAUAGUUACAUAGUUACAUAGGCUGAAAAGUGACAUGUGUCCAUCGACUUCAGCCUUCUUCACAUUUGUUUUUUGCUGUUGAUCCAAAAGAAGGCAAAAAAACAGUUUGACGCACUUCCAAUUUUGCAACCAACUAAGAAAUGGCAGUCAGAUUAAUCCUUGGAUCCCAGCUUCUACCCAUUGAUGUUUGCAUGAUGUCAGUCCUAAACCCAGAAGUCCUACUGAAAUACCUUUAAUAUAUGCAUUCAGUCCCCUUUAUACUGGGCAGAUUCAACUGUUCCACAUGAUUCAUUGUCACUUGGAGUAAUCUGUAAAAUAUGAUUCCAUGUAGAAGUUAUAACGAUUUCAGUGGAUCGCAUAAUGUUAUAACCCUUGAUUGAUUAUAGUAUGGAGAUCGAUGCCUCAUUACUGCUUCUCUUUACAGUUCUGUAAAUCCAAGAACUAUACUAUAUAUAUAUAUCACUAGCACCCCAUUCUACACCUCUUCUCAGUGACUAAUGUCUUGUUUUCUUGAAAGAGCUAUUCUUGCAUAUGAAGUGCUUUUCUUUGAUAACGAUGCUGUCCAAAUUGUAGACUUAAUGGCUUAACAUUAACAGUUUAUUCCAGCAAAACCAUACCACUGAGGAAAUACUGAGGAAAUACUGAUGAUACCCCAUCUCCAAAAGCACCUCAAAAGACUUUAUCCCUAUGGUACAACUCUGAACCAUUUGGACUAUUUAUAUGUAUAAGUAACAGAUCCCAAUUACAAACUACUUGAUUGCACUUUAUAUAUACGUUUUAUUUAUAUGCUUUUUUAUUUUUUGCUCCAUACUGAUGCUAUUUUAAAAUAUUUAUCAUAUUUUGGAACAGCCUUGUACUACUGUUUCUUGUGUUUCCUUUGAGAGGGUUAGAGUGUUACCCUCUGCCGGGCCGCUGCCUACACACUCUCUCCUUUUUAUUAUUAGUGCUGACCUCUAUUUACUGUCAGAAAUCAGUAUAUUUCUGUCUGUUUAGAACUGGUAUUUGCCUUGUCAGUGAAACAACGUUCUGAAGUGCAAUUUAAAUUCUUAAACUCAAGUGUGACUGUUAGUGCAACUUGUGCUUUUCCUUUAGGUUUUGGCCUGGCAUUUAUUGCAUACCCUGAAGCUUUGACACAACUUCCGAUAUCUCCGCUUUGGUCAUUCCUGUUUUUCUUCAUGCUCCUAACUUUGGGUCUGGACUCACAGUUUGCCAUGAUCGGUAAGUUAGCCUUAACAUUUGGUGAAAAACUGAGCAUGGCUAUAUACUAGAGAUAUUGUUACAAAGAAAAAAAAACUUGAUAUUUCUUGUUCCAAGUGUGAUUCUAUGGUUUUCUAUCAGCAUUAUAUAAGGAUCCAAUAAAUAUAAUUUUGAAAUAAAUCUUUCCAAUACCGCAACUUCAUCAGAAUUUUUUCUAAAGCUCUCCCAGUAAGCUCAAUAUGUAUCAUAAGACAAAGAAUUGCCGGGAUCGUAAUCAAAUCUUUACUCUCUUUGCAACCACUUUCUUUGGUUCCUCAAUAUACGGAACAAACAGACCUACCUUCUCUACUCCCUCACUAUGUGCAAGAUUGCAAUGAGCAAAUGCAUUACUCUGUGUAACAUCUUGAGGGAACAUCUAAAAGAUUCCCUACCCUACACCCAUACCCGAUGCUGAGAUUGAGGUAAUCAGAGAAGAUCUACAUAAGUGGAUAGAACGAGCACCAUAAUGACCCAGCAUGUGACCAGCUGCCACUGAAUUCCCCUGAUGAGUCCUCUGACAUAAGUGCCAUACUAUGCUGGCAUAGUCGUUUGAAUUCCGAUAAGCUGUAACAGAAUCAGCAAGGUUUAUAACAAAUGUAGCUUAAAUUUAUUCAUUCAUUGAAGUAGUAAUUGAAGUAGUAAUAGCAGAAUUGUUUUAAAGUGUCAUAAAAAUAAUAAAAAUAAUAUGGUGUAUUAUUACAUUUUUCCUUCUGCAGAAACAAUUAUUACCUCCAUCCAAGAUGCAUUUCCUCAGCUCAUGAAGAGAAGGCGGGUUCCUAUCACUAUCACUUGCUGUUCGAUUUUGUUUCUUCUAGGGUUGGUCUGUGUAACACGGGUAUGUAUUCCAAUCUGCUUGGAGCAAAAAAAGAAACCAUCAGAUCAUAUUAAGAAUGUAUCAUAAUAAGAAAUCUUCUCAAUGUCCAAGAACUAACAUAUAUUGAUAUUAAGCCAAUCAUAACAAGAGAAAUAGUUAUACACUCCUAUUGCAAACAUAUAAUUCCCUCCCCUGAACCUGGAGAUAAUUAAGGCAGAUAACAUAAUAACUUCAUUAUCUGCAGGCAGAAAAAGUACAGUUUUCCCCAACUUUCAGAACAUUCUAAAAACAUAGGGUAUCCCCUUAAGUCAUAUCCCCUUAUAGCCCUGAUCUGGGUGACCAACAUAUCCAAAAAUCACCCAGAUCAGUUCAGGGGUUUUCAAAUUCCAUGGAGGUCUUAGGUGACCUGCUUCCCCCGAGGCUGCUGCCCAAAACAGUUCCAUGAGUUUGGGUGGUUUUGCCAGUCUAUUUCAUGAAGUUGAAAUAAACUAAUAAUCCCACGAACGGUAUCCCCUGGCUCCUAGCAGCGAUUGUUACCAUCAUACAAAUGCGCAAAAGUAUCGAACAGCGCUCUCCUUGCUGUUCGGGUAACAAAGAUCCAGCGUUCGUGUGUUGGGAAGUCAGGUGUCCGAUUUUAGUUCCAGACCCUCGACGACCAAGUCCUGCGCCUUUGUUCGCACAAACAAGAUGGCCGCCGGUUUCUCAGCCACGUGGCAUUCAGCAAUACAAACAGCGGCCGCACAGGUAGAGGGUUUAAUUGAAGCAUGCUUUUGAAGUUAACGAGCCAGUGGGGUGGUCUCUGUUCGGUAGUUACAUCUACCGAAUGUAAAGGGGAGAAAUAACGAACACAAAGAGGGAUUUCUUCACAGUAUUCCCCAUAGGGAAUAAUGGACACCUGAAUUUUUUAAAUUAACAAUAAUAUGAAUUUUUUAAAUUCACCUAAAGAUGAAGUUCAAUUCACCUGGAUCACUAUUUUUCACAUUUCAGAUGAACUAAAAUUGGAAAAAUAAUACAUUGAAAUUAAGCAAAUCUAUUUUUUCCCAGUGCACCUCUCUAGUUGGUAUAAGAUUAUAUGUCAGCUCAGACAUAACUCCUAGAUAAUAAAUAAAAUAUCCCAAUAGAACCUCCCCCCACAAUAUUUUGGGCAUUAUUUCCCAUGUUGGUGCACCUUCAACAAUGCAGUGUUAUGUUUAGCCUUGGUGACAUAGUGUAGACCUGAUCAUGUGACCAACAUAUCCAAAACUAAGGUUUUCCAAAUCAUUUUUGGGCAUAUACAAGAUAAUAUCAAGUAUAGAUCUAUACUUUAUAGAAAGACUCACAUUGAUCAGGGAUCUAGUAUAACCUAUAUUAUUGAUAUUACUCGUUUAUUGUACUUUUACAUCGUAAAAUAAAUGUAUGAAUGUUGCAGCUUAACCUAUGUAUAUUUAAAAACAACAUUAACCAAUAAUUUGUUCUAAAGUCAGGAAUUUACUGGGUGAAUCUGAUCGAUUACUUCUGCGGUGGAUGGGCGAUUCUUAUUGCUGCAGUGCUAGAGCUGGUGGGAAUUUGCUGGAUUUAUGGUAGGUUCACCAGGUGGCCAUGCAGUACUGGACUUACUUACAAUGUCUAAUGGUAAAACAUCACAAGUUUCCCCUGGUGUCCUGUUCCAGUAUUUGGCUUCUGGUCUUCUAAUUCGUGGAAGAAAACAUGCAUUCUCUUUGGAAACUAACCACCUGGAGCAGUAUCCAAUGCAGUUACUUAUGCAAAGGAAAUACAGAGAUAAGUAGAUACGUCUUAUCUUUGAAUAAGCUCAAUUGUAUGAUGAUCCUUGUGCACACCACACAUCCAGAGCAUGGCCAGCAGUGCCUAAAGAUCAGUCUGCUAUGUUGUGUCAUUCCCUUUUGGUCACUUUUACAUUAACGUUCUCUUUUAUUACUUUUAUUACUUCAUUUCAACACAGUUGAAAAAGUGUUUUUGUUGUUUUAUUUUUGCAUGGUGAAUCCUGUUUUGGCUGUUGCUGCUGUUUAUUUGAACAAUUUGCAUUAUCACCACUGUCUUUUUUUUAUUUCUGCUAAUCAAGUGAUGCAUUUGUAUAACUGUGAAUAAUUAUUUGUAGUAAUCAGAAGUUAUCCCUUCUUCUUCAGUUUGAUAGUAAGUAGGAUAUUGGGGAUGUUUCCCUUGUAUCACACAUAUUAUGAGAAAUUGUAUGUAAAUACACAUAAUAUGGGAUUAAAUAAUGUUAAUACCAUAAAACAGAUAUUGCAUUAUAUUCCUGUUAACUUCUAGUAAACAUUUCCAGAAUGAAACAUUCACGGAAUGUACCAUCACCAUCUUUAUUGAGCUGUCACUAGGUGGCAUUAUCAGACUGCUACUAUGUUCAGUAAAUGUAUUUAAUAAUGCUCUGGAUUUUCAUUUAUUUGUAGGAUCUCUUUUGAGAUCUCUGUAGUAGUAGUAUAAGAGAAUACUAGAUACAAAUUUUCCUAGUAUUUGGAAGGUAUUGGAAUAUCUCCACCAAAUGAAUCAAAGGUAGUUUGCAUACCUCCAAACAAUUCUUGUGGGCUGCUCGGAGAAAUGUUAGGUGACUUACUAAGAAUUUAUAAAAUUUAUAUGUAAUUUCGAACAAGAACAAAGUAUCUUAUUCACACAGAUUGCUUUCUAAACACAUUUGCUAUAGUUUAAAGACACAUUACUGGGAGUAUUAUUAUCGUGGAGCUCUGUUAUACAUACCAACAAUUUGGAGCUCCUAGAAAAGAGGGACAUUAGGAUAGAGAAGUGGGACAGAGGGAUUUGGGGCCUCAAUAGGGACACUUGGGAGGCGUGCCUUUGUAGAAUGCCUCCAUGACUUAUCAUGUGCUCUCUGAAAAAUGGUGGUUGCAAGUAAGCGUCUGCCUAGCAGAUUCAAGAUCUUUGCACAAUACACUCCUCUUUUUAUUCUAGAGGAAUGGUGGCUUAGCUCUCUUCCUCCAUCCCUAGAGACUUGUGCUGCAUUAGAGUGUUAGUGUGUGGAGGGAAGACAUCAUAUCCCUCCAUCCCCUGUUGUCAGAAAUUUACAAAGAGAGGGAUCAAUUAAAAGAUCUGUGCUGCUGUACCACUUGUUAGUAAUUGGACCUACCAACUCUCAAUGAUUAUGACCUAGAGAGGAAUUAUAACUCUUCUAUGAAUUAUGUACUAGGAAUUCUACAUGGAAUUCUGCACUGACUUGUUACUCCAUGCUCAUUAACUUAUUUUCUUAAAUUUUCUUGAUUUCUUCUCCACAAAUUAAUAAUUUCAUAAUAUUUCCAUUAGGAGCCAAUCGGUUUAUUGAGGACAUAGAAAUGAUGAUUGGAAAGAAACACUGGGCUUUCUGGCUGUGGUGGAGAGCUUGCUGGUUUUUCAUUUCACCAAUACUUUUAACAGUACGUCAUUCCCAAGGCAAAUAUUCAUGCAAAGAUAUUUUUUCCCAUGUCUUUACUUCACAAAUGAUCUCAACAUUAAAUUGCUUUUAUAUGCAGAGACAUAAAUACAUGCACAAUGUCAUAUUGUGUUAGAGUUUGACAGUUUGAUGGGUGAAGCAAAUAGAAAAUUGCGCAAUCAAGAACAGAACAUUCUAAGGAAAGCUUUUUUUUUUUAUAAUGUUCAAAAAAUAUUGAAACAUAACACACAUGUCCUAAUGACUGAUUAAAUACACAAAUUAGGAAUUGCAUUGUCUACAUACAAACAUAAUUGGAAAAAAAGAAUGCAUUUCAUAAAAGCAACACAUAUCCAUAAAGCAAGAAUAGCUACUUUAGAUAUAUCUAUCAUUUGAAUGUUGAGCAAGAAUAAUUCAUAGUCUCAACAUAUACAAUAAACACACACAACACACACAUUCUCAUUAUACAUAAUAUAAACGCAAUAUUGGUUCACAUUCUACAUGCAUUGAUAUAUAGAUAUAUAUCCUGCUCACACUUCCAUUAUACAAUAUUUUUGAAUGAGUCGACUGCUGUAUCAGUCCGUUUUAAUGAAUUCUCAAUAUAUGGGUCAUUUUAAGAGGGCAGUCUAGUACCCAAAAGCACUACAGAUUACAUUACAUAUCCCCCAAGUGCCAAUACAUGGUAUGUAGCAUUGUAGCAAAACCAUUUUGAACAGUUUAUUACUUACUUGGGUCCCCUCUACACACUGAUUUAUAGGCCACUUUUAAGUGGAUAUAGAGGCUAGGAUCAUAUUCAUUUGAUAUGGAUUAAAGUUACUAGUUUGGGGAUUCCGAGAUAUGUCCUACUGAACAGGGGCGGACUGAGAGCCUUUGGGGCCCCCGGGCAAAAUUAGAUCCCAGGCCCUUUGAAGGCCAAAUAUAUGUGCAUUUUAAUAAAUGUUAAAUAUAAUUCAUAAUACGGCAUUCCUUUGGAUGUGUGUAUUGUGAAGACCUGUGUAUCAAUGCAUGUUUGUAUUUGAGUCUGUGUGAAUGCACUUGUGCAUGUCUGGAUGACUACAUGUGCUUUUUUGUAUAUAGUGUCUGUGUGAAUGCAUAUGUGACAGGUGACAGAGUGUGUGAGGGAGAAGGUGACAGGUGGAAGAGUGUGGGAGGUUGUGACAGGUGGCAGAGUGAGGGGGUACCUGGUGGCAGAGUGAGGGAGGGAGGGGUUGAGUGGUGGCAGAGUGAGGGGGAGACACAGUGAGUGGGGGUGACUGGUGACAGAGUGAGGGAGUGGGUGACUAGUGACAGAGGGAAGGAGAGGGGGAGACUAGUGACAGAGGGAGGAAUGGGAGACUAGUGACAGAGGAGGGAAUGGGAGACUAGUGACAGAGUGAGGGAAUGGGUGACUAGUGGCAGAGUGAGGGAGGGAAGGGGUGACUAGUGACAGAGUGAGGGGAUGACUGGUGACAGAGUGAGGGGGGGGGGUGACUGUCACUAGUCACCCCAUCCCUCUCUCUGUCACUAGUUACUCCCUCCCUAACUCUGUCACUGUGUCACCCGCUCCCUCCCUCUGUCACUAGUCACCCCCUCCCUCACUCUGUCACUAAUCACCCCCUCUCUCCCUAGUCACCCCCUUCCUCACUCUGUUACUAGUCACCCCAUCCUUCUCUCUGUCACUAGUCACCCCAUCCCUCUCUCUGUCACUAGUCACCCCAUCCCUCUCUCUGUCACUAGUCACUCCCUCCCUAACUCUGUCAUUGUGAAGGAAGGAAGGGGUGACUGGUGACAGAGUGAGGGAAGGGAUGACAAGUGGCAGAGUGAGGGAAGGAAGGGAUGACUGGUGACAGAGUGAGAGAGGGGGUGACUAAUGACAGAGUGAGCGAGGGUGUGACUAGUGACAGAGUGAGAGAGGGGGUGACUGUUACUAGUCACCCCAUCCCUCUCUCUGUCACUAGUCACUCCCUCCCUCACUGUCACCCCGUCCCUCACUCUGUCACUAGUCACCCCCUCUCUCACUAUGUCACUAGUCACCCCCUCCCUCACUAUGUCACCCCCUCCCUCACUCUGUCACUAGUCACCCCCUCUCUCACUCUGUCACUAAGGACAGAGGGGGUGAUUAGUGACAGAGUGAGGGAGGGGGUGACUAGUGACAGAGUGAGGGAGCAGGUGACACAGUGACAGAGUUAGGAGGGAGUGACUAGUGACAGAGGGAUGGGGUGACUAGUGACAGUCACCCCUUCUCUCACUCUAUCACUAGUCACCCCCUCUCUCACUCUGUCACUAAGGACAGAGGGGGUGAUUAGUGACAGAGUGAGGGAGGGGGUGACUAGUGACAGAGUGAGGGAGGGGGUGACUAGUGACAGAGUUAGGAGGGAGUGACUAGUGACUAGUAGUACUGAAUGUGUUUUGAUUCUUAUGUUUUCCAUUUUUUUCAGACAAUUCUCGUGUGGUCACUUGUUACCUUUGAAUAUCCAUCAUAUGGCACUAUCUUGUAUCCCACCUGGGGCGUAGCGUUAGGCUGGUGUUUGAUAUGUUUUUGCAUUCUAUGGAUACCACUUGUGGCUAUAGUGAAAGUGGUGCAAGCAAAGGGAAAUGUGUUGCAAGUAAGUCGGCACAAUACAGGCAUGCACAUGAGCAUCAAUAGAUUAGACUACUGUGAAAGGUUUAAGGGCUGGGUGGUCAAUAUGAGGGGGUGGAAUGUUAGACUUUGUACAAUACAUUACAUUAUGAAAUAUAUUAUAUACACUGCUCAAAAAAAUAAAGGGAACACAAAAAUAACACAUCCUAGAUGAAAUAUUCUCCUGAAAUACUUUGUUCUUUACAUAGUUGAAUGUGCUGACAACAAAAUCACACAAAAAUAAAAAAAUGGAAAUCAAAUUUUUCAACCCAUGGAGAUCUGGAUUAGGAGUCACACUCAAAAUUAAAGUGGAAAAACACACUACAGGCUGAUCCAACUUUGAUGUAAUGUCCUUAAAACAAGUCAAAAUUGGGCUCAGUAGUGUGUGAGGCCUCCACGUGCCUGUAUGACAUCCCUACAAUGCCUCUGCAUGAUCCUGAUGAGGUGGCGGAUGGUCUCCUGAGGGAUCUCCUCCCAGACCUGGACUAAAGCAUCUGCCAACUCCUGGACAGUCUGUGGUGCAAUGUGACGUUGGUGGAUGGAGUGAGAUAUGAUGUGCCGGAUGUGCUCAGUUGGAUUCAGGUCUGGGGAACAGGCGGGCCAGUCCAUAGCAUCAAUGCCUUUGUCUUGCAGGAACGGCUGACACACUCCAGCCACAUGAGGUCUAGCAUUGUCUUGCAUUAGGAGGAACCCAGGGCCAACCGCACCAGCAUAUGGUCUCACAAGUGGUCUGAGGAUCUCAUCUCAGUACCUAAUGGCAGUCAGGCGACCUCUGGCAAGCACAUGGAGGGCUGUGUGGCCCCCCAAAGAAAUGCCACCCCACACCAUUACUGACCCACUGCCAAACCGGUCAUGCUGGAGGAUGUUGCAGGCAGCAGAAUGUUCUCCAUGGCGUCUCCAGACUCUGUCAAGUCUGUUACAUGUGCUUAGUGUGAACCUGCUUUCAUCUGUGAAGAGCACAGGGCACCAGUGGCGAAUUUGCCAAUCUUGGUGUUCUCUGGCAAAUGCCAAAUGUCCUGCACGGUGUUGGGCUCAGGGCCGUCUUUAACGCAGGGCAAAUGGGGCAGCUGCUCGGGCCCUGUCCCAGCUGGGGGGCCCAAAACAGCUGCUCCUUUUGCCCUCUGCCCACAAACUAUGGGGGCCCAUCGGGUGGCCCAUGCGCUGUGGUGCUUUAACAGCGCGACCGGGCCCUUGCUUUUUCGGCAGCACUGGGAGGAAGUGACAGCCGCGCGUCACUUCCUCCCACAGAAACAAGAGCCGCGCGGGAGGAAGGAGCUGUUCCGGAGGGGGCCAGGCCAGGAGAGCUUAACUCCCAGCCAUCCCAGCCAGCCCACUGGACCCCAGGGAAGCCACCCUCCAGGAAAAGGUAGAAACUGGAGGGUGGUUAUCAAAUUUUGCAUGAGUGUCUGUGUGUGUGUGUGUGUGUGUGAGUAUGUAUGUAUGUCUGUCUGUCAGUGUGUCAGUAUGUCUGUGUGUGUGAGUCUGUCAGUGUAUGUGUUGUUCUGUAUGUCUGUGUUUGUCAAUAUGUCUGUCAGUGUCUGUGUGUAUGUGUGUUUCAGUAUGUCCGUCUGUGUGUAUAUGUGCCAGUAUGUCUGUCAGUGUGUCAGUAUGUCUGUGUGUGUGUGAGUCUGUCAGUGUCUGUGUGGUUCUGUAUGUCUGUGUGUUUCAGUAUGUCCGUCUGUGUGUAUAUGUCCCAGUAUGUCUGUCAGUGUGUCAGUAUGUCUGUGUGUGUGAGUCGGUCAGUGUCUGUGUGGUUCAGUAUGUAUGUGUGUAUGUGUGUUUCAGUAUGGCUGUCUGUGAGUGUCAAAAUGUCUGUAUGUGUGUACGUCUGUCAGUGUCUGUGUGUAUGUGUGUUUCAGUAUGUCUGUCUGUGUGUAUGUGUGCCAUAAUGUCUGUAUGUCUGUCAGUGUGUCAGUAUGUCUAUGUGUGAGUCUGUCAGUGUCCAUGUGGUUCUGUAUGUCUGUGUGUAUGUGUGUUUCAGUAUGGCUGUCUGUGUGUGUCUCUGUGUCAGUACAUCUGUCAGAAUGUGCCUUUGUAUCUGUAUGUUGUCCAUUUGUAUUUGUGUGUGUAUCUAUAUAUAUAGUCAGUGUGUAUCUGUAUGUGUCCAUGUUUGUAUGUGUAUAUCUGCAUGUGUGUCAGGUUGUGUAUCUGUGUAUCUGUGUGUAUGUGUGUCAGUGUGUGUGUCGGUGUAUCUAUAUGUAGUCAGUGUGUGUACCUUUGUAUCUGCAUGUAUCAGUGUUUGUAUCUGUGUAUCUGCAUGUUUGUCAGGUUGUGUAUCUGUGUUUGUGUCUAUCUGUGUGUCAGUGUUCUAUAUGUAGUCUGUGUGUAUCUGUAUGUUCUUGUGUGUAUCUAUAUGCGGUCAGUGUGUAUCUGCAUGUGUGUCAGGUUUUGUAUUUGUGUGUAUCUAUAUGUAGUCAGGGGGCCCAAGUUAAUGCUUGCCCAGGGUCCAAUCAGAAUUAAAGACGGCCCUGGUUGGGCUGUAAGCACAACCUCCACCUGUGGACGUCGGGCCCUCAUAGGACCCUCAUGGAGUCUGGUUCUGACCGUUUGAGCAGACACAUGCACAUUUGUGGCCUGCUGGAGGUCAUUUUUCAGGGCUCUGGCAGUGCUCCUCCACAAAGGCGGAGGUAGGUGUCCUGCUGCUGGGUUGUUGCCCCCCUACGGCCUCCUCCAUGUCUCCUGAUGUACUGGCCUGUCUCCUGGUAGCGUCUCCAUGCUCUGGACACUACGCUGACAGACACAGCAAACCUUCUUGCCACAGCUCACAUUGAUGUGCCAUCCUGGAUGAGCUGCACUACCUGAGCCACUUGUGUGGGUUGUAGACUCCGUCUCAUGCUAACAGUAGAGUGAAAGCACCGCCAGCAUUCAAAAGUGACCAAAACAUCAGCCAGGAAGCAUAGGAACUGAGAAGUGGUCUGUGGUCACCACCUGCAGAGCCACUCCUUUAUUGGGGGUGUCUUGCUAAUUGCCUAUAAUUUCCAUCUGUUGUCUAUCCCAGUUGCACAACAGCAUGUGAAAUUGAUUGUCACUCAGUGUUGCUUCCUAAGUGGACAGUUUGAUUUCACAGAAGUGUGAUUGACUUGGAGUUACAUUGUGUUGUUUAAGUGUUCCCUUUAUUUUUUUGAGCAGUGUAUAUAUAAUAUAUAGAGAUAGAGAGAAAGCUUAGUAUUAACAGAGUUAUAGUGAAACACAUCUAUUCCCAUUUACAUUUGAACUGGAAAUUCUGGGAGAAUUGUGGAAAAAUAAAUGUGCUCAAUGCAGUUUUUUUUUUUGCCAAGGUCCUACUUCUAUAACUUCUCUCUCUCUGUCUCUCUCUCUCUCUCUCUAUAUAUAUAUAUAUAUAUGUAUUUAUAUAUAUAUAUAUUUAUAUAUUAAGGCCUUUUGGCCUGUAAAUGUGGGAGGGGCGUAUGACACACCCCUUCCUUACUUAAGGGACACCCCUUACCUGGCUCCAUACCGUUCGAGGUCAGCGCUGCAUGAGGAUCCACUUACGGUUCUCGUAUGGCGCCAUCUUGGUUUUUCAGAAACCCACGAUUUUCUUCACGUGUAGCUGUGUCCAGGAAUCCUCUUGAAGGUCUUUUCCGCCCGUCCAGCUCCUCGUAAACUCCGGUCUUUGUCGAAGAUAACGUCCCAGGGACUUCAAAAUCGUAAGUCCGAUGCCUGGAUUAUUCCCACGGCGUUCCGUUUUCAAACGGGUCCUCAGCUUUACGGCAAGGUCGCAAAUCAACGUGGUUUCCCAUUUCGGUUAAACUUUCAUGCCAUAAUCCUUUCGUUAUGUUUCUACCGUAUGGUACUCAUGUUUCCUAACAUCAUUUCGUUUCAUUUCGUUUUCAAUUCAUUUUACCGUAAGCACUCAUUCAUGCUGCCUUCCGUUCGGUUUAAUUCAAUCUCUAUACAAUAUCUUUCGUCUAGGUCGGUCAAGCUUUUGACGAAUGACACUGUUCUUUCUUUUCAUUCUAAUUAAGCUUUCGGCAGUUUUGCUCAGUUAUGCACGGCAAACUCUGUUUCUGUUUUUAUAUUAAACCAAAUUCGGUUCAUCUACCUUUUCUAUGUACUGUUAUAAAUUCGUUUAAAUCAGUUAUACUUUCAUAUACCUAUUCAUCCCAUACUAGGUUUCUACCUUGAUUAACAUUUUCUCAUUUAUUUGUUUAUUAUGUUAAGUUACUAAAUUAUAGAUAUUUCAGGUAUAUUACAGUAAUGGUUUAGCCUGUGAUUAUGGCUUAUUUCCAAAAGUUUUUAUGGAGAUCAUGCUUUUAUUACAACCAUGUACAUCAUGAUUACAUGGCACUUACAAUUUUCAGACCAUUUCUUGGCAUGCUCAGAUGACAUACCACGAGUAUACAAGAACACGGUCCUAUCUUUCACAAGACUUUCGGGUUGAAUCACACGCUUUGGUACAACCAUUCAUACGUCACAUUACAACAACUUUUUAUGUUUCUGCAUAUUGUCACUUCACAUCAUUUUUCAACCUCAUCCACAUCAUUCCAUUUUUAUGCCACGACACAUAUAUAUAUUCAAUACAUGAUCAUUCCACCCCUCCCUGCACAAUUGAAUACUCAAACCCUAGCAUUUCCCAGAUCAGUUAGUGACAUGCAUAUCAUCUGGUCACCCUCUGUAGACACACAAUACACGGCCAAGCCCCUGCUACCCAGUUCAGACUCAGCUUUACGCCUAGCAUGGGCCAGUCAUGUCACUAUCAUACUCAUAGUCUUUUUCACCUCCCGCACAUACUGGUAGAAGCCCAAACCCUAGCCUAUACAGACCUCACAGGAUCCAUUCUCACUCUAUCACAUUUUGUUUCUACCCAUUUAGGUUUAUCCAGGUUUGUUGUACCUGUCGAAAUCGCAAAACUUUAUACAUACUACCAGGUACGUAAGCCUGCUCACAUUGUAGUUCACAUACGUUUCAUUUUCCCUGGGACAUAGAGUACUGGCAAGUUAGGGGUAUAGGCCCAAAUAGGUAUCUCCCUUCUUGGCAUUCUGCCUAUCGUUUAGUUGUCCGCGAGGCCAACACCCAGCCUCAACGUUUCGGAGGCAAACGCCCAUCGGGCCACACGUGAGUUAGCCGCCUCGCAAUAUUAUAGAGAGGGCCUCACCUGUCACUCCCUCCCCCUGUUUUCUUUUACUAUCACCGAGAGGCCUACGAUUCCUGCCACUACGACGGGUGGCCUCAAUAUCCCCUCGGACCAACGCAUAGACAGAGCCUCUCACAGCCACUUGGCAACUAGCAGGGCCUCACCUGUCACCAAACAAGAUACAUUUUUCGCCUUUCCGGCCUAGUUAGCCUGCCAGUACCACCCCUGGGUUUCCAUACACUAACCAAAUAUUUUGUCAUUUAGUAUGUCUCAAGAAGGGGUAGCGGAUUUCUCCCUACCGGGCACUCCGGCUAGAGCAAACUCCCCAUCACAGGGAGGAGAGGUGGCUAGUCCAGCAUCUUUCAGGUCAUGGACAAUCCUUUGCAUAACCAACGAACUCAGGAGACGGCAAAUCCUAUUCUCCGCAACAGCAAGGAAAGCGGAACUCUACAAAUUACUGCACACCUCUACCGAUAACAUUGAUGCCGGGGUAGAGACUAGCCAGUCUAACCCGGGAGAUAUACACGGCAUGCUCUCAUCCCUCAUGGCGUCCAUGAGCAAGGUCAAUUCCAGGCUGGAGAAACUCGAAUCGGUCACUACAGCCCUUACCAUGGCUGGGCCGGCCGCGGCGACCCCUCCAGCACUGGUCGAGUUGCAAUCAGUUUCUCCAGCCACCACCUCUGAUGAUCAAGAGGUUAACCCUGCCCAUAUGAUACCUGAGCACCUCAAAAGAGAUAUCCUGGAAGGUAAAGAUAUCAACUUGAUUUCAUUGCUGAUUGCCUCCCAGGAUGUGGUGGAACAUAAGACUUACGCUUAUGAUGAUAUUUCUGUGGUGGUCAAAUCUAGGGAUGCCCAAUUAAACAGGAAACUGACUAUCCCUGAAUUUGUGUUGGCAUUUGGCAUUUAUCGUGAUGUUAUCUGUGCAGUAUAUCCCCACAGACGUGAGGAGUUUGAUUUGUAUAUGCACAAGCUGGUGGACCUGGGCAACAAAUAUGGUGGGUCAGCUUUCUAUGAUUACCAUAGAUCCUUUUCUGCCAAGGUGUCUGGUGCUUUCUCCCAGUACGGGACAAGGUCCAACUGGAGCAAGAUUGAUACGGUCAUUUUCUGCAGACACUUUGCAGGUCUAAGAACACCGGCUUGUGCAUACUGCUCCUCCAUGGCUCAUACGGCUAACUUCUGUCCAACCACUGCGAAUUAAAAUACCCCUUCGCAGGGCACUAGUUCCACUGGUUCUGCAGAAAAAACACCCAAAGACAAACUGGGACGGCCUAUCAAGUUUCUGGGCAAGUCCCAGAUAUGUAAUAAUUUUAAUGUCGGAUCAUGUAAUUACAGUGCAUGUCGACUAUUGCAUAUGUGACGAGAGCAACCUCACCACAUUGCAUUGGAGAAGCCUGGUUACUCGCCUGUUACCUUUGGAUUAUGGCCCCAUGUUACAAGACCCCUUUUUCUCUGCAGAAAAGACUUAUUCGUGCUUUUCUGCCCUGUGUUCGGUAGAUUCAAUCUACCGAACAACCGCACGAAUGACUGGACCACCUGGGAGCUGGAGUGUGCCGGCAAUUAGCCUCCCAGAAGCUGUGGUUAACCGCAGCUUAAUUGGCGAAUACUGGGUGGCCGCCAUUCGUAUCACGAACACGAGGUUGCGGCCAUUUUAAACACGCGAACGCACAGCGGUGUUCGACACCUAACUCAUGGAACUAAAAACGGACACAGUUUGGCGCGAACACCACUGAAGCCGCCGACCUCCCUUCUUGUUCGGCGGGAAUGCACGAACAGCCCGGUGUUCGGUAGUUUUACCUGACUGUAUUAUACCCCAGAUAGGAAUCCCAUGGAGCUCAUUCAUAUGAGAACUGACUUUGUAAAAACUUUGGCUUCAUGGCGAUUGAACUGUAUUCAUGUGGUCUGAGCGCCAUUCGCUUAAUAAUGUGCGCUCAGACCUGAGCUAUCUGGGGACAUGUUAAAUGUAUAGUUUUAUUGUAACGUGUGUCACAUGUUGUAUUUUAACAGUAAUUCAUGUUUUAGUAUCCCCACGUACAUAAUGGCGAUUUGCCUUUGUCCUGGGAGAUAAUUGAAUUACUUCUCAAUUAUCUCCAGGGCAGAGGGGAGGAAGCCAGGAUGCAUUGUGGGAAUACAAUGUGACUGUGAGUCCUAUUUGGCUACUUGUCUGUCCCUUGUUACAGUCUCCCAUUUGGUCCCCUAGGGGAGUGUCCACCAGGUGGGAGGCCUGCAUAAAUACUGGGCAGAUAGCCCUCAUUAAACAGACCACUGCUUGACCUUCAACACGGAGCUCUUUCUCGUCUUUGGGGGGAUUUACUGUAUGCUGAUAGAGACUGAUUGCUAGGAGUGUAAGCCGCUUGGGUGCUUUGCCUAUUCGUCUGCUAGCAGCUAUUCGUAUGGUUCCAGUUCGUGAGUUUGGAGUGCUAUAUUGUAUGCAGUUCGGGAGAUUGGAGCAUUCCCUUAUUUGCAGUUUGGGAGUUUGGUGUUCUACAGUAGCUGUGCCUGCAUCUCUGAAAGGGGACGAUCGCCUAAAUGGUUUUAACCCCUUGUGUGCUGAAACGGUCCGUUACAGCAUAUCUGUUUAAAAUGUUUCAGGGCACAUGCUAAAACCAUGUGUCCUAAUAAAAUGUAUCCUAAACAAUACUUAACGUCGAUAAACAUUUCUGUACUUACGACAUUACUGUCACAUCAUCCAUCUAGACAUUUGGUAGAAUUCAUUAUCUCUGGUCUAUCAGAAGGAUUCCACACAGGUCUCAUACACAUGCCUUCCGGAAUCCUGGAAUGUCCUAAUUUACAAUCCGCACAGCAAAAUCCUACAGCGGUUGACACACUCAUAGCCAAGGAAGUGGCAGAGUGCUUCCUAUUGGGGCCCUUCCAGUCCCCUCCUUUCACCACAUGGCGGACAAACCCCAUCGGUAUUGUCACGGGGAAAUCUUCCCACAAACAGAGACUUAUCAUCGAUCUAUCGGCACCACACACCUCUGCCACUCCUAGUCUGAACUCCCUCAUACCCUCUGAGGAAUUUUCACUGCAAUAUUCCACCAUAGAUCAUGCCAUUACGGCUAUCAUGCAGGCAGGGGUCGGAGCAUGGCUCAGUAAGACCGAUAUAACAAAUGCUUUUAAGUUACUGCCUAUCCACCCUACACUGUGGCACCUACAUGGCAUCAAGUGGGCUGGGAACUACUACUUUUUCUCACGUUUAACUUUUGGUUCCAAAAGUAGUCCAGCCAUUUUCGACGUAUUCGCCGAAACCCUAUGCUGGUUAUUAUUAAAUAUAGCCAGAUGCCCUACAGUUAUACAUUAUCUGGAUGAUUUCUUACUGGUCGAGGAGAAUAUUUCCCCUCCCAGUAGCCUCAAGAAAACCAUCAAUCUAUUCAAACAGUUGGGUGUCCCAGUCUCCCCCACCAAGACUGAAGGACCAGAUACCUUCAUCACAUUCCUGGGUAUCAUACUAGACUCAGCCACCAUGCAAGCGAGCCUGCCACGCACCAAGGUAGAAAACAUUCUUACAAACAUAAAUCUCUACAUACAACUUGCAACCGCAAAGAACUACAGUCUCUGCUGGGGUCACAAAAUUUUGCUAUGCGCAUCAUACCUCAAGGCCAUGCUUUCAUCUUACGACUUCUUUACAUGUUCCCAAUUUUUAGACAUGAUGCACACAGGUUAUCCCUGGAUACCGAAGCCAUGGCAGACCUACUCAUGUGGAGAAACUUUUUAACCACCUGGAAUGGUAAAAGUAUGUUCCUCCCUAAAUUGUCUGACUCCUCACCUACGAUCUGGUCAGACGCGGUGUCUACCACAGGUUUUGCAGCAAUUUAUGGGAACGAAUGACUUUGGGGCAGCUGGCUAAGGACCUGGAGGGUUUUUCCACUACCUCAGCUCUGUUUGAGAUGUAUCCCAUAGUGGCGGCUGCCGUGGCAUGUGGGAAUUUAUGGGCAGGUUCGCCAGUACGUUGCUACUCAGACAACCAAGCAACUUGCCACAUUAUUAACAAAGGCCGAUCCAAAUCACUGACUAUUAUGAGAUUCCUGAGGAAACUCACUUGGUUGGCUGCAUGUCAUAAUUUCUUCUUGUUUUGUGUUCAUGUUCCAGGUGUAUGUAACACGGCUGCUGACAAUUUGUCUCGCUUUAAUUUCCAAUUUUUUGUCAAAUACUCCCGUCAGUCGCACUCACAGCCACGACUACUCCACUAUUCCACCAUCUAGUAAUGGACUAGACGCUAUCAUGCAACAUAGCAGAACAUUGGCCCAAUUAGCACUGUCUACUAAUACCCAGAAAACUUACGACAGAGCUUUCAUUUUAUUUAAAAGAUUCCUUUCGGAACACAACAUCUUACAACCUUUCAUCAUGACAUCCUUGUUGGGGUUUGCUUCUUUUUGCCACCUCAAACUCAAAUUAUCAUACAACACAAUCAAACUAUAUCUGACAGGCAUCCAACAUCACAUGUUAACUUUACAACCCAACAAUUCAAGUUUCAUGUCCGCCUACCAAAUUAAGAACAUCCUUAGGGGUAUUCAGAGAUCCGAACCUCCACGUACGGCCCAGAGACUACCUAUAGAUUUCCAUAUUUUUUAAGACUUAUCCAACUUACUAGAUUUAAAACCCUUUGCCAACAGCACAAAUCUUGUCAUUAAAACCGCCUUAUACGUAGCCUUUUAUGGUUUCUUGAGAUCAAGAGAAUUUACCGCCAUCAGCACAACACAGUCCACUCACAUCCUACUUCAUUCACACUUAACAAAGCACAUGGACUCUUAUAUCUUGACUCUGCCUCAUUCCAAAACCAGUCAACAUGCACCUCCAGUAGAGGUUAAGUACUAUCCUACUCACAACAGGUGGUGCCCCGUCAAACUACUGGAUACAUAUACCCAGCAUAACAACGCAUCACCAUAUCAACCACUUUUCAGUCUACAAGGUUCUGUACUCACUACCACCACCUUUAUGACACACGUCAGGUCUUUACUUAAACAGCUGGGCCUCAAAUCUGCUAACUAUUCGGGCCACUCCUUCCACAUAGGAGCGGCCUCCACAGCAUCCAGUGCAAACAUCCCAGUUCAUGUUAUCAAGUCACUGGGGCGCUGGAAAUCAUCCGCUUACUCUAGAUACAUACCUAACCCGGUACAAGAAGUAAGAAAUGCUUUUCAAGACAUCUUCUGGUUAAAUGUAUGUAUAUUGCUGGUAUGUAAUACAUUUGAUUUUCUAUUUUUGCCCUCUUUAUUUACAGGCCUACCUCAUCGUCGGUUCCAGCACACCACAACCGACUUGCUCUUUUAAUACCAUCCUACACUUAUCAGUGUUUGUUUCUUCUGUACCAUCAUGAGCCCAUAACACAAAUAUUAAGGCCUUUUGGCCUGUAAUUGUGGGAAGGGAGGAUGACACACCCCUUCCCUCACCUGGCUCCAUACCGUUCGAGGUCAGCGCUGCAUCACCCUCUCACCACUCCUCAUUACUAACUCCCUUUUCUUUACAUUUCUUCUUGGUGGGCCCUCUUUAUUUACAGACCUACCUCAUCGUCGGUUCCGGCACACCACAACCGACUUGCUCUUUUAAUACCAUCCUACACUUAUCAGUGUUUAUUUCUUCUGUACUAUCAUGAGCCCUUAACACAAAUAUAUAUAUAUAUUAGAAAUUAGAAAGAUUUCCAUAGAUGUGAUUCAGCCUUUUUUCUUUCUGCCCUUACAUAAUAUUUGGAUCAUAUACUCUAUGACUGAAUAUAAGAAAGAACAAUAAUUUAGCCUGAUUGACCAAUUAAAUGUGUUACGUGUGUAUAGUUAAGGACUAUAAUCUAUGCAAAGUAUCACUCUGCAACAGCGAGAUUAUGGGUGGGACCAUGCCACAUAUCGUUGCAUUACCAGUUUUAUAAUUUAUUAUUACAUAAUAAUAAUGCUACCUUCCUAUUUGUAUUGAAGUGCUGUCGGCCACAUGGAACCUGGGGACCAGCAUUGAGCCAGCACCGAGGGGAUCGAUACCAGCACAUACCUGAUGACCAUAAAGAAAAGAAUGUUGUGGAGAUUCCAACAAUCAGUGCCUUGGAUGGAUAUGAUAAUGAUGCUUAUCUUUGACCACAUUGGUCUAUAUCAGUACUUUUGGCAGAUAACUGUUCUAGAGGGCUUAUUCGACUAUAUUAAUGUUCUCCUCAUGGAAAGGGAUCUCUACUGCAUAGCACUGAACUUGCUACAUGUAUUUAAAGUAACACUCCGAAAACCCGGCACACUGUAGUGGUUAUGGUGACAGGAGUACCUUAGCAUAUGCCCAUUUUAAGUAUUCAAACCAUUUUAAGAACAGCUUGACUUUUACCUGGGGUCUGCCUGGAAGCCACCUCCUGCCUCCACCACUCCCGACUGAGAGCCAGAAGAUCCUAAACAGGAGCUUCCAUUAGCUCUCCUGAGCUAAGCCCUGGAGUGCAGGACUAGCUCACUUGCUGAGAGCAUCAAAGAAUUACUCAUAUCUAAAGAGCUAAGCCUUGCACCACCGGGCAUAGCUCAGACAGAAAUCUUCUGGCUCUCUAUCAAAAGUAGCGGAACCUGGGUAAGACAUCAAACCAUGCUGAAGUGGUUAUGGUGCUUGGAGUGUUCCUAUAAUAUACUUUUACAAAGAAAGGCUGCACACACCCAGACAAACACACAAACAAUAUAAGCGUACCAGACACAUAUUCAAUUUUUAAAAAGCACACUUAAUACUUAAAAAUACUGGAGGGGUUUAAGUUUUAAUGAACACAUGACUUGGGUAAAAAUAGCAUUCAACCUCUGUGGACUCUGUAUAGUUCAUGCUUUACGCUAAACUUGAUUUUGAAUGGCAAGCUACCACAAUUAUAUAUAUAUAUAUAUAUAUAUAUAUAUAUAUACAUACACACACACACACAAUUUCUAGUCAGUGCUGGACAUGUCUUUUUCCUGUUUAUUUUGUUUAAAUAAAUUUUUUAAAAAUCAACAUUUUUAUGUCUUACAAUCUUAUUAGAACUCUAAUCAAUAACAAACUGUAUAUUCAUAAUAUCGGUAUCUGCCCUUUUCUGUCUGUCUAAUUCUAUAUGUCUUGUGUGAGCCUGUCAGUAUUCCAGUAAAAACACCUCUCACACACGGUUAGAUACUUUUCAUAUGUGGGUUUGUUUCACAGAUGUGUGUCACAGGUUUAUUUAUCUGUAUUUGUACUUUAGUGCCAGGCAGAGUUCCUUUACCAGCCAGUGAAGUUUAAAACACUUGAUGCAUAAAUAUUAUAAUCUAUCUAAAAUGUAUAAAUAAUUGGGCAAGAAGUCAAGACAACCAGCCAUCACCACUUCUUUGGAUGACUAUAUCACAACGCAUUAAAGAACUCGGUAGCCAUAUCUCCUAUUUGAGAGCCCAAAAUUAAAAAAGAGAAAGCAAGAAAGAAAAAAUAUUUAUCUUGUUGGGACACAAAUCAAGAUCAAUGUUUCAGUCCUACACUGGACUUUUAUCAGCUUGAUAGGACUGACACGUCGAUCUGUGUUUGGGAAGAGUCUACUUCAAUAAAAGGAAC